UAGAGAAAACAAAAGUCGGCAUCGAGCUCUGUAUAGCAGAGAGGUUCUCUCUCUGACUGGGACUGCAACCUCCCUGACUUCUCCACCUCACAAUGUCAAAGAAAGGUUCAAGCAGCAGAGCUAAGGGAGACAAACCUGAUGCCUUUGCUUCUUUACAAUCUGCUAAUGAAGACCUACGAGCCAAGCUCACUGAGAUUCAAAUCGAGCUCCAACAGGAAAAGAGUAAGGUGUGCAUCUUCUACAUCCUUUUUAUUAUUUGUAGUCAUACAAUUACAGUGCAUCGAUGGACCACUAUGUGCUGCUAUAGACAAAUUCAGGCUCGUUUAACCUUCCUCUCCUAUUUUUUUUUUGAUUUGUGAAGUUCAAACUCCCUCAUCCAAUUGGUUGCUUCAUCAAACCAAACCCUAAAAAUGAUAAUGUCUAUUGAGUAUAUGAAUAGUUUGUGAAUGUGUUGCCCUGCUUCAGUUAGACAAUGCAAUAUUAAAGCAACCCGAAACAGAAAUAAAUAUAUCGGAAAAGUUAAACACACUCCAUUUAAUAGUUUGUUUUCAGUAAGCGUUAAGGAAGUCUUUAGAAUGUCUGUUAAUUUACUUUAACAGUUUUGCCUCACAAUUGAUAUUAUUAUUAUUAUUAUUAUUAUUAUUAUUAUGGGCAUUUAUAUAGCGCCAACAAAUUCCGUAGCGCUUUACAAUAAAUUAGGAGAUUUAACAAUAAAUGAGACAAUUACAAACAUCUUUCUAAUAAAAUGAACUAAGUUAAAUAAAAUACAAUGCAUAUCACAUUGAAUUCACUAGACUAGAGAAAGACCUAAGACAUUUUAUGAGAGUUCUAAAUUACCAACUAUAUUCAGUUGUUAAAAGGCCAUGAAGUCACUAAAAGGUCCUAUUAUGUCACUGCUCCAGCCUAGCCCUUAUGAAGGCAUGGGAAUCUGAGUCAGCCUUACUGUAAACUGGCAUUCACCUGGAGUGAUGGCUGAAAGGGGCACUCUGCAACUCAGUAACCUGAUGUCAGGAUUACUGUUUGAUCCAGCACGUAGAACUGUACAGCACGGAUGACAAAUAAGUAACGUAUUACCGGUCCUUAGAAUAGCCGGAUUUAACGUACAAAGAAUAGUCAAAAAUACUAGCCGAGGUCAGGGAACACAGAAAGGGACACAGCGAUGAGGAAAGCCAGGAGUCAGGAUACCAGAAUAUAGAGAAGUCAAUAAACAAAGCCAAAGUAAAAAACCAGGUAGAAAACUAUAAACAGGAACGCGCUCUCGGACAACCACAAGGGAAACCACGACAGGGCACUGAGCAGGCUGAGAACUGGGCCUAAAUACCCCUCCUUUAGUUCUGAUAGGCUGUAACCGGCCUUUGACCCCAAAGUCAGUUACCAGGUUUCAUUUGCAUAAUUGCUGCUCAGCAUUAACCCUUCUGUGGAUUAGGUUGCUGCUCGGCAAAACUUUUCCUGUGUGGACAGUAAAUGUCAUUAACCACAUUUCUAUAAGCGGAUGAAUACGUGACAUUACCCCCCACCUGAAGAACGCCCACCGGGCGGACAGGACCAGGCUUGAGAGGAAAUUUAGCGUGAAAAGCGCGGAUCUUACGGCCCGCAUGCAGGUCAGGAGCCGAAACCCAAGAACGAUCAGCAGGACCGUAACCUUUCCAAACAACCAAGUACUGUAAAGUGCCCCGAGAAAACCUAGAAUCCACGAUAGAAGAUACCUCAUACUCUUCCUGACCACCCACCACCACCGGAGGGGGAGGAACACAAGGAACAGUAUAUCUAUUGCAGACAAGAGGUUUGAGUAAGGACACAUGAAAAGUGUUGGGAAUCCCUAAAGAUGCAGGAAGAGCCAGAGAGUAAGACACUGGAUUGAUCCUACGAAGCACUCUAUAGGGACCAAGGAAUCUGGGGGCAAACUUCAUGCUAGGGACCUUAAGCUUGAUGUUGCGAGAUGACAACCAAACCCGGUCCCCCACUUGUACACCGGGUUGGCACUCCUACGCUUAUCAGCAAAAUGUUUGAAGCGUUCAGCAGCAGCCCCUAAAGCAGUUUGAACCUUAACCCAGGUAUCCCGAAUGGAGGCCAGACGCUCAUCCAGAGCAGGAAUGGCAGUAUCAGAAAAUACCGCAGGGAGAACCGUAGGAUGCCUACCAUUAUUGACAAAAAAUGGACUGUGCCCAGAGGAGUCAUGAACAGCAUUGUUUCUAGCGAACUCGGCCCACGGGAGUAGUUCGGACCAAUUGUCUUGUGUGCUAUUAAUAAAACAACGCAAAUAAACUUCUAAUGACUGGUUAGCCCUCUCAGCUGUACCAUUGGUCUGUGGAUGGUAGGAGGAGGAGAAGGAGAGAUCAAUCCCCAAUUGUUUACUGAACGCCCUCCAGAACCUGGACACAAACUGAGAGCCCCUAUCAGACACAAUAUUGUGGGGGAUGCCAUGCAAACGGACAAUUUCACGUAUGAAAAUUAGGACCAAAUCUUGCGAAGAUGGCAACUUCUUGAGAGGAAUGAAGUGAGCCAUCUUAGAAAAUCGGUCUACAACCAUGAGAAUAGUAGUGAACCCAGCAGAGCUAGGAAGCUCUACAAUAAAGUCCAUGGAUAAGUGGGACCAUGGAAUCUCAGGAACAGGAAGAGGCUGCAACAGGCCACAAGGAAGUGCAUGAGUCACCUUAGAAACUGCACACACAGAACAUGCCUGCACAUACUCCUUUACAUCUUUCCUGAGUGAAUCCCACCAAAAUGAGCUAGUGAUCGCGGCAGUGGACUUAUUGAUGCCCGGGUGUCCAGCAGUUAUAUUGUCAUGGAACACUUUCAUGAUAUUAACCCUUUCACAUAGGGGAACGAACAGUUUAUCACACGGUUUACCACUGGGUGCCUGAGGCUGGGCCUCCAGUAUGCUGCCAAGCAGUGGAGAAGACAGUGAGAGGACAGUAGUGGCAAUAAUACACUCUGGUGGAAUAAUAGGAGAUGUCACCUGUUCCGGAGCUGACUCAUUAUCAAAUUGCCUGGACAAGGCAUCAGCCUUGGUAUUUUUAGAACCAGGUCUAUAAGUAAUGAGAAAGUUAAAACGUGAAAGGAAUAGUGACCAUCUAGCCUGUCUGGAAGACAAACGUUUGGCAUCCCCUAUAUAUGCCAGAUUUUUGUGGUCGGUUAUGAUCAACAGGUGGUCCUUGGAACCCUCCAAAAGAUGUCGCCACUCCUUGAGGGCAAGAAUAAUGGCCAACAGUUCUCUAUUGCCAAUAUCAUAGUUGCGCUCAGCAGGAGACAUCUUUCUGGAGAAGUAGCCACAAGGAUGCAAUGGUGUUCCCUGGCUUUCUCUCUGAGAGAGAACAGCCCCUACCCCUGUCUCGGAUGCAUCAACCUCCAAUAUAAAAGGUUUACUAGUGUCGGGAUGUUUUAGUAUGUCCGCAGAGGCAAAUCUUUGUUUAAGAGUCUCAAAAGCAUUCACAGCCUCUUUGGACCAUACCAUGCUACUAACCCCUUUGCGAGUCAUAUUUGUGAUUGGGGCUAUUACAGAAGAAAAUCCCUUGAUGAAUCUUCUGUAAUAGUUGGCAAAACCAAUAAACCUUUGAAUGUCUUUUAAACCAGAGGGUAAUGGCCAGUGUAGUACAGCCUCUAGUUUUUUAGGAUCCAUUUGAAAUCCCGAUGCAGAGAUGUUGUAACCCAAAAAGUGGACUUCAGGCUGGUCAAAUAUGCACUUCUCUAAUUUGCAAUAAAGUUUAUUUUUCAACAACAUCUGCAGAACCUGUUUCACAUGGGAGUGGUGAGUCUGAAGAUCAGGGUAAUACACCAAAAUAUCAUCCAAAUAAACCAAGACAAAUGAGUAAAUGAAUUCCCUGAGUACAUCAUUUACAGGGAGUGCAGAAUUAUUAGGCAAAUGAGUAUUUUGACCACAUCAUCCUCUUUAUGCAUGUUGUCUUACUCCAAGCUGUAUAGGCUCGAAAGCCUACUACCAAUUAAGCAUAUUAGGUGAUGUGCAUCUCUGUAAUGAGAAGGGGUGUGGUCUAAUGACAUCAACACCCUAUAUCAGGUGUGCAUAAUUAUUAGGCAACUUCCUUUCCUUUGGCAAAAUGGGUCAAAAGAAGGACUUGACAGGCUCAGAAAAGUCAAAAAUAGUGAGAUAUCUUGCAGAGGGAUGCAGCACUCUUAAAAUUGCAAAGCUUCUGAAGCGUGAUCAUCGAACAAUCAAGCGUUUCAUUCAAAAUAGUCAACAGGGUCGCAAGAAGCGUGUGGAAAAACCAAGGCGCAAAAUAACUGCCCAUGAACUGAGAAAAGUCAAGCGUGCAGCUGCCACGAUGCCACUUGCCACCAGUUUGGCCAUAUUUCAGAGCUGCAACAUCACUGGAGUGCCCAAAAGCACAAGGUGUGCAAUACUCAGAGACAUGGCCAAGGUAAGAAAGGCUGAAAGACGACCACCACUGAACAAGACACACAAGCUGAAACGUCAAGACUGGGCCAAGAAAUAUCUCAAGACUGAUUUUUCUAAGGUUUUAUGGACUGAUGAAAUGAGAGUGAGUCUUGAUGGGCCAGAUGGAUGGGCCCGUGGCUGGAUUGGUAAAGGGCAGAGAGCUCCAGUCCGACUCAGACGCCAGCAAGGUGGAGGUGGAGUACUGGUUUGGGCUGGUAUCAUCAAAGAUGAGCUUGUGGGGCCUUUUCGGGUUGAGGAUGGAGUCAAGCUCAACUCCCAGUCCUACUGCCAGUUCCUGGAAGACACCUUCUUCAAGCAGUGGUACAGGAAGAAGUCUGCAUCCUUCAAGAAAAACAUGAUUUUCAUGCAGGACAAUGCUCCAUCACACGCGUCCAAGUACUCCACAGCGUGGCUGGCAAGAAAGGGUAUAAAAGAAGAAAAUCUAAUGACAUGGCCUCCUUGUUCACCUGAUCUGAACCCCAUUGAGAACCUGUGGUCCAUCAUCAAAUGUGAGAUUUACAAGGAGGGAAAACAGUACACCUCUCUGAACAGUGUCUGGGAGGCUGUGGUUGCUGCUGCACGCAAUGUUGAUGGUGAACAGAUCAAAACACUGACAGAAUCCAUGGAUGGCAGGCUUUUGAGUGUCCUUGCAAAGAAAGGUGGCUAUAUUGGUCACUGAUUUGUUUUUGUUUUGUUUUGAAUGUCAGAAAUGUAUAUUUGUGAAUGUUGAGAUGUUAUAUUGGUUUCACUGGUAAUAAUAAAUAAUUGAAAUGGGUAUAUAUUUGUUUUUGUUAAGUUGCCUAAUAAUUAUGCACAGUAAUAGUCACCUGCACACACAGAUAUCCCCCUAACAUAGCUAAACUAAAAACAAACUAAAAACUACUUCCAAAAAUAUUCAGCUUUGAUAUUAAUGAGUUUUUUGGGUUCAUUGAGAACAUGGUUGUUGUUCAAUAAUAAAAUUAAUCCUCAAAAAUACAACUUGCCUAAUAAUUCUGCACUCCCUGUAUAAAGUCUUGGAAUACGGCCAGGGCGUUGCAUAACCCAAAUGGCAUUACCAGAUAUUCAUAGUGUCCACUACGGGUAUUAAAUGCCGUCUUCCACUCAUGAUUCUCUUUAAUUCUAACCAAAUUGUAAGCGCUCCUAAGGUCAAGCUUAGUAAAUACUUUAGCUCCCUGAAGUCUAUCGAACAAUUCGGAAAUGAGUGGGAUAGGGUAUGCAUUUUUUACAGUGAUUUUAUUAAGUGCCCUGUAGUCUAUGCAAGGGCGUAACUCACCACCCUUUUUCUCAACAAAAAAGAAUCCUGCACCAGCUGGUGAGGAUGACUUUCUUAUGUGCCCUUUGCUCAAGGAUUCUUUGAUGUAUUCCUCCAUUAUUUUACUCUCCUGGGGAGAUAAGGCAUAAACUGCCCCCUUAGGUGGCAUAGCGCCUGGAAACAGGUUAAUGGCACAGUCAUAUGCUCUGUGGGGAGGCAAUACAUCAGAUUGAGCCUUGUUAAACACCUCCUGAAGUUCUCGGUAUUGUAUGGGAACUCCAGGAGUUUGGGGAGUGGUAGUGGGAAGGUCAAUAGUAUCCAAUCUCUUUAGUACUGGUUUUAUACAUCUCCCCAUACACUCUUUACCCCAUUCUAAUAUCUCCCCAUUAGACCAGUCAAUAUAGGGAUUGUGCUUAUUCAGCCACGGAAACCCUAAUAUGAUAGGACAUGAUGGAGAAGUAAUAACCUGAAACGUCAUCUCCUCCCUAUGGGAGGCCCCAAUGGAGAUCGUAAUAGGGACAGUUUCGUGGGUUAUAAGCGGUUGUGUGAGUGGUCUACCAUCAAUAGCCUCUACAGCUAGCGGCGUAGGUCUCUCCCUGACCAGUAUCUCAUUACCCCUAAUAAACUGGACAUCAAUAAAAUUUCCAGCAGCACCUGGGUCCAUUAGGGCACUGCAAGAAAACUUCUUGUUAUCAAGGGAAAUAGAUACCUCAAGGAGGAAUCUACUUUUGUUUUUGUUAGAGGACAACUCCAUCACACCUAAGAUCUGUCCCCUUAAGGUUCUUAGGUGCGGAAGUUUUCCGGACGCACUGGACAAUUAGUUAUCAUAUGUCCCUUUCUAGGCAUAACCCCUCCCUUCUCCUAUACUGUUUUUCGGCCUCUGACAGUCUAGUGACCCCCAACUGCAUAGGUUCGGGUUCGGACUGUACAGGGAGGUUAGACAAAACAGGUUUAGAGAAUUGAGGUGCUAGGGACAUAGCCGUACGUCUGGUCUUGCUUCUGGUGACUUCUCUGAGUCUUAACCUAUUAUCAAUAUGCAUGACAAACGUAAUAAAUUCGUUAAGACUCUUAGGUAAUUCUUUAGCGGCUAUCUCAUCUAGUAUAGUCUCUGAGAGAACCUUUUUGAAUGCUGAGAUUAACCCAUUGUUAGUCCAGUCUACCUCGGAAUCUAAGGUACAGAAUUCAAUAGCAUAAUCCGAGAUAGACCGGUUACCUUGUCUGAUGUGCAUUAGGGCAGUGGAGGCGUCAUCCUCUCUACCCAAUGGCUCAAACGUGAGCUUGAAUUCGGCAAGGAAUUCCUGGUAAUUAUGAGCUAUGCUCCGAUUACUCUCCCACAACGGAUUAGCCCAGGCAAGGGCCUUGCCCUUUAAUUGAUUCAUUAGAUAACCAAUUCUUGCUCUGUCCGUGGGGAAUGACCCUGGUGAGGCCUCAAAAUGGUACUCCACCUGAUUAAGAAAACCCCUGCAUUCCUGGAUAUUGCCAUCAAACUGUAAGGAUGGUGAUAAGGAGAUGCUAGGAGUCAUAUUAACAGUGGGUGGAGGUACACAGGGUAGAGGUGCUAUAGGAGGAGACGCUGCAGGCUGCAGAUGCUCCGUUCUAGCGAGAAGCGUACUUAAAGCCUGAGUGAAUUGAUCCAUGCGGUGAUCAUUCUCCUCUAAUUUCCUCUCGCAAGCAGCUAUGUGCUGACACAGUUCUACAGGAUCUAUGGCCAUGUCGUAAUGUCAGGAUUACUGUUUGAUCCAGCACGUAGAACUGUACAGCACGGAUGACAAAUAAGUAACGUAUUACCGGUCCUUAGAAUGGCCGGAUUUAACGUACAAAGAAUAGUCAAAAAUACUAGCCGAGGUCAGGGAACACAGAAAGGGACACAGCGAUGAGGAAAGCCAGGAGUCAGGAUACCAGAAUAUAGAGAAGUCAAUAAACAAAGCCAAAGUCAAAAAACAGGUAGAAAACUAUAAACAGGAACGCGCUCUCAGACAAACACAAGGGAAACCACGACAGGGCACUGAGCAGGCUGAGAACUGGGCCUAAAUACCCCUCCUUUCUUUCUGAUCGGCUGUAACCUGCCUUUGACCCCAAAGUCAGUUACCAGGUUUCAUUUGCAUAAUUGCUGCUCAGCAUUAACCCUUCUGUGGAUUAGGUUGCUGCUCGGCACAACUUUUCCUGUGUGGACAGUAAAUGUCAUUAACCACAUUUCUAUAAGCGGAUGAAUACGUGACACCUGACUGGUAGUUCAAAAUAUCUUCCUUACCAUCCCAGUGCCAAUUACUGUUGUGAAGGAGUGUGUGAUCUGCACCUCUAGCAGGUGCAGAUCAUUGUUAAAGGACCACUAUAGGCACCAUGACCACUUCAGCUCAAUGAAGUGGUCUGGGUGCCAGGUCCAUCUAGGGUUAACCCUCCAGCUGUAAACAUAGCAGUUUCAGAGAAACUGCUAUGUUUACAAUAGUGUUAAUCCAGCCUCUUGUGGCUGUCUCAUUGACAGCCGCUAGAGGCGCUUCCGCGCCUCUCACUGUGAAAAUCACAGUGAGAAGACACUGGAUGUCCAUAGGAAAGCUGGAGAAAGGUAAGUGAAUAACCUCUUCCUCCCCCUUCAGCCUGGCUAGAGUGGGACCCUGAGUGUGGGGGCCUAAUGACCCUAUAGUGCCAGGAAAAUGGGUUUGUUUUCCUGGCACUAUAGUGGUCCUUUAACGCUGCCUACUGAUGUGUCAUGUCUCGGUGAAUCAGAAUUUUGCUGCUGGGUUACUCUCCCAGUUCUCUAAUAAUCACCAUUCUUGCUGAGGGUCAAGCCUCCCCCAAUAUAACACAUACAGCAUCCUCACUGCAAGUCAAAAAACAUUCAGUUCACUUUAGCAUGUUUUCCAAGUACUCGUUACCCAUUUCCCCUUUUGGCAUCUACUCUUCAUCUUGGCCUCACCCAAACCAACCUUGAAAAUACCAAUCGGAGAGGAGUCUCAAUCUCGACUCAAAUAUAAUUACUGCAUUACCAAUAUUUCCAGAUACGAUCAUUUCCAUGGCAGGUGUCCAAUCUAGUAUUACUUCUAUCGAUCAGUAUCCAUUACGAUUGCAGUUUAUCAAAUAGUUGAUCAUUACCCUUGUCAGUCAAGGUCUAGAGAUUUAUUUACUUAACUAAUAGAAGCAUUUAUUUUCCUGGCUUACAGUUUCUUUAUGGAAUGUAGACAUUUUAUAUUAAACAAAUAAAACCAUCUAGCAGCCACAAUGUACUUCCAAACACACUCUUUCUUUUGGAUAUAGUGUAUCGUCCUUUAAUAAAUGCAAGUUCUCAUGAAAUUCUAAGUGAAUCAAUAACAACAUAAACACUCUCUUCCCCAUGUCAAACCAGUGUCUGUUUCAUUGUGAGCUUUUUACAAAUUUAAUGUGCAUGCAUUUCACCCUUAGGCUGUUACUGCAGCUAUAUUCAUUCGAUUAGAUCUGCAUUUAGCAUGCAUUUAUAUUUGGGAAAUGGUCCGAAGUGGUUUUGGAAGUAUUUACAGAACUUUGUCAGUGACCUGUACGUGUAUAAUUUCAUAUAGCCACAAUAAAACGCUUUAACUGCAGAAAAAACAGACUGUAUUAUACUACAACAUCAACACAUUUCACGCUUUUGCCAGUAGGAGUAAUAAAUGUUUGAAGAAUGUAUUCCAACUAGUAUUUGGGUUUCAGUGUAAAUUUUUUAAGUGGCAGAUAUUUUUUUUUUUUUUCUCAAGGUUGUUUUUUUUUUUUCAGCAGAGUAAACUAGAUUGUAAUAAUUUAAUUUAUUGCCUAUGAGUUUUACUUUUAUGUAAACCCACUAAGGUGAUGUUCACGUAGACAUCAGACACAUAAUUAUUCAAAGAAUAUUCCAAGCACCAUAACCACUACAGUGUGUGCAUACCCCCCACAUCCCCUCCAACCUUCCUCAUUGUAAAACGUUUUUUUAUACUGGUUUUAUUUAUUUAUUUAUUUUCUCCUCCUUACCUGGCUUAGGCCAGAUGUUGCUCCCUGCUCCUUUUCUUAUGAUUAAUCCGCUGGAAGCCCCCAUGAGCAAAGACUUGUGGGGCAGGGCGUGGCUUGCUGAUCAGUUGACUCUCUCAGCCAAUGAUCUGACCCUUCACUGCAGAACGUAGCUCAAAUGAACUAUUGGAAUAUCCUACCAGCAACCUCUUCUGCUUCUAGAAUUAUUGGGGUUCAAAUCGAUCACUAACAAGAGUGGAAAUGUAGAGGUGGGAGCAGUGUCCCACGGACCCCAGGUAAGAAGUCAAACUAUUCGAAAAUGGCUUGACUACUUACACUGGGAGGUGGGCACCAGGGCACACUGCAGUAGUUAUGGUGUUUGGAGUAUUACUUCAAAUCCUAUUUAAAGGAACCCAAAAAAAGUGGCUUGCAAUCACUUUUAAAUGUAUAUAUUUUUAAUCCAUAGCUAUGUAUCAAGGGAAAAUUAAAAUGUUUUUCAUGUGAGUCCUCCAGAAGACCUUGUAACAAAAAUAGCUUCUUUCGUAACAUUGUUUUUGAAAUUAUCUGCAAACUCAUAAAACAGAGGUCAUGUAGAUUCCUGCUAAUGUAAACAGUGUGAAAAUUGGAACAAAUAUAACCACUCCUUGUAAUUUUAAAGGGAUACUCUAGGGCAGGGGUGUCAAACUCAAAUUCAUCGGGGGCCGCAUCAGCAGUUUGGUCACCCUCAAAGGGCCGGUUGUAUCUGUAGGCCUAUGUGUCCACUCUUUAUUAUCAUAAAUUGUCACUGCAUUCAAUUAUUACAUGGGCAGUACGUGUGUAUGGGGGGCAGUACGUGUGUAUGGGGGGCAGUACGUGGGGGCAGAACGGGUGUAUGGGGGGCAGUAUGGGGGCAGUGUGUGUGUGUAUGGGGGGCAGCAUGGGGGUAUGGGGGCAGUGUGGGUGUAUGGGGGUCUAGGGAAUAGUACAAGAUUAGAAGAAUGUAUAAGUUAAUGAUAAAUCAAUCUUCCCUCCCCCCCCCCAAUACUUUAAUUUAUUUUUCAUAAUAUUAUGUAAUACCUUGUGUCAACCUACUCCUGUAGCUUCAUAUCUUUAGGAAAGUUUUUAUUUUUGUUUGCUGUCCGUGUCACCUAUAGGUAUAAUAUGCUUAAAGGCUAUAGGAGCACACUCCUAUUCUUCUUUGAGACUGUUUAUAUAGCCAGUCUAGACUGCUUCAUUAUUGUGUAAAUUAUGUGAUAUGCUGUAGAUUCUAUUUAACUGAUACUUUUACUUGGCUAUGGCACUUUAGCUUGCUGGAGUUCUUUAUAUGUAAAGAGAGUGUCCUCUCUUUUUUUAAUUUUGCAAAAAGUUUAGAUUUCAGUAGAAAUUUGCACUUUUAGAAACAAACCUUGUUACAUCCCCUGGCUGUCUGACAACUGGUCCUGUUACUUCCUGGUCUGGUUAGCUCAGUGGAGCUAAACUCAAGAGUCAGCAAUUAGUCAACAAAAUUAGCACUGUUGUAGAGUGUCCUUUUUAAUAUUUUUUUAAUAAAUGAUUAAUUCCAAUUUUGGAAGGGUUUGCAAGAAGAUUUAAAACUUUCAGUAAAAAGCUAAAAUAUAUGAGAAAAAAUAGGACACUAAAAUAAGAAGAUCCUGUACUGAAAAUCAAAAAACAAACUAAGCACCAAGCACUAAUUUUUCUAAUUUGUUUCAAUAAAAAUUGACAUUUCCCAGAAGGCAUGGGAUCUGUAGAUUAUCUUUCACUAAUUAGUUUAGCUUAGAACAUGUGGGCAGAAGGUAAACCGGAAUACAUCGACUGAUAAAAUACUAUUUAGCAACUUACUUAAAGGGUGGGGCAUGCAGACUUGCAUAAGGGCAACUAAAUGUUAUAACAUACAAAAUACACAAUCCAGUGCACUCGCUUAUUCACUAAACAAUGAAUUUAAAUCUCAGAUUUCCUUUAUUUAAAAACAUUCCUGAAAUCACAUUUGAUAUCAAUACAUUUUACCAGACUUCCUCUGUGUGUAUGUAACUAAUUAUGUUAUCUCACUUUUCACAUCGUUAAAAACACACACACAAAAAAAAACUCUUACGCCCUUUAGAUAAAACUCAUUGGGUGAUCAUUACAAUAACUGUGGUGGCCAGACAUUUUAUAGCUUUUUAUAACAUUCUUUUUUUUGUCCCGUAUAUUGAAAAUAGAAUUUUAGAUAACAAAUACAUAAAUGCAAAAAAAGUAAUAAAGUAUACAAUGUAUUGGACAUUUUAAGGCAUGACUUCAUACUAAAUAAUGGGUAAGUAACAAACUUUAAAUACAUACGUUUGUAUGAAGUAAUAAAACAUAGCUGUUUGAUCACAGGAAAGGAUGUAACUAAAAUAAAACAUUGAAAUUUUAUAUAAAAUUAGAUGUAAACAUGCUAUUAAAAAUCAUUGCAUGGAAAUAAAUCUGUAUAUAAACCGCUUGUGUAUUAUUUACAAAACAUUUUUUUUUUCUCCAGUGAAAUAUUUCAUAGGAAUUUGUCAUUUUAAAGAAGAAUCGAUUGUUUAGAUUUUUUUUAAUAUAUAUAUAUAUAUAUAUAUAUAUAUAUAUAAUAAUUUUUAUUUUAUUAACCAUUUUUUGUACACAACAUUUAUGCUAUAUUUUCAAUGUUUAGAUUUAAGUAGUUGCUUUCUAGCCUGUAAGUUUAUCUUCAGCCUUCGUUCUGAGUAAUCCUUUAUCUAGAAACUCUUGCUAUUUUCUAUGUGUUUAUAAUGGACGUUUAUGAUCUUAAUGUUCUUCAGAAUUGAAUGAAAACGUUCUAGAGCUGUCUUAUGGGUAUAUGUAAGUAAGAACAGAUCGUAGUAUGAUGACAAUGAAUAGUUAUAAUCAAGCUGUUCAAUCCAGCUCUAAAAUGUAUGAGUAUACUUUUGAGAUACAUCUGACUUUGAUCAUACUAUAUUGGGAGAGUGUUCCUCCAGGUGGUGGUGGUGUUAUGGUAGGUUGUUGAUAGACAGAGAGCGGAGGUCUCAGUAGUGUAUAUAUAAAAACAAAAUCCUGGAUAUUGGGAUAUCCAUUACUACUCCUUCAACUAAUUCACUGCCAUUAUUGUAUACAACAUAUCUUGGAUAUUAAAUGGCCUUGAAUACCCUUGACAUGACUUAUUGCAGGGAUAUUAGUGGCAAAUUGUUUACUGAAUGGUACAGUUAGUAUCAGCAUUACUGUACGUAUGAUUCACAGUCACAGGAACCUUUAGCAGAUCCAAAUAGUGUUUGUUGCAUAUGACUGAGUCAAUAUAGCCAAAUUAGAAAAAUUGUGCACAUCUGUUAAGUUUUCUGUUUUGCUAUUGUUACCAAAAAAAAAAAUGUACUCUGAAUUCCCAGCAAUUCACAUUUUAAUGAGUAACCAUGUUUGUCUUACUCACUAUGAUGAUGCAUGAGAGAGAGAAAAAACAACACUGUCAAAGGAACACUGGCAUUAGGAAUACAAACUUGUAUACCUGACCCUAUAUCAUGCUUCUACUUACUUAAGUGUUCCCCUGUAAUGGUUUGAAAGGAACGUUUUACUUUCCUUUAUUCCUUCGCCAUGAAGAUCUUUACGCAGCCACUCAGCCUCUAUGGCUGAGCUAAUUAAGUUUAAUCUAUACAUAGCAAAUUUGAUUAAUGUUAAAUAACUGUGUUGCAAGAUAAACCUUUUACCUGAUGUGUCAUUAACAUGAUAUAUAAAACAAACAAACAAAAAACCUAUUCAUAUGAGAAUAAGCCCGAUGUUUGUUCUUUGGCUUAUUUAAGUUUACUUUGUGUUAUAGAAGUUCCAUCUGACUUUUUGGUUGUUUUGUUUUUGUGGGGAUUUUUUUUUUUUUUUUUUACUGAAAUCUUAAAACUGAGUAUUACUUUAAAAUCUUGAAUUGGUACAAGAAUGAGAGACUUUUUGGACUCUUUGCUAAAUGUAGAGACUGCCCUUGAGUAAAAGACAAUAGACUUUUAAACAGUCGAUUCCAUGCCGACGAAUUAUACUUUUCAAACCUUGAACAAUUGAAACCUUGAAUUAUCCCCUUUAGUCACUUUAAGUAUCUAAAAGAGAAAAGAAUGACCAUUUAUUUUUCCCUUUUUCCUUCUCUUUCAGGUCAACAAACUAGAACGAGAGAAAAACCAGGAAAUCCGACAAAUCCGUGAGCACGAACAGCAUAAAAAUAUUGUCUUUGUCACCGAAUUGAAGGCCAAACUUCAUGAGGAGAAAAUGAAGGAACUACAGGCUGUCAGAGAAUCGUUAUUAAGACAACACGAGUUGGAGUUAGUAAGGGUUAUUAAGAUAAAGGAUGCUGAAAAUCUAAGACUGCAAACAAUUGUAAAUGCUUUACGGGACGGAGCACCAGAAAAAGUUAAAACUGUUCUUUACAGUGAGGCAAAAGAGGAAGCCAAAAAGGGCUUUGAGUUUGAGAAAAUCAAAAUGCAACAAGAGAUUUUUGAACUGAAAGGAGCUAAGAAACAGGUGGAAGAAGCUUUGACUGUGGUUAUUCAAGCAGAUAAAAUGAAAGCUGCGGAAAUAAGAAGUGUAUAUCACUUACACCAGGAGGAGAUCUCCAAAAUUAAGAGGGAAUGUGAGCGAGAAAUUCGUCGAUUGGUAUGUGUGGCUAUUAAAUGUAUUUUUUAAAAUCUUUUUUUUGUUAAAUCCCUAAAAUUAUCAUCACUGUAGAUUAUCAGAUAUGUUUUGCAGGUAUGGUUUAAGUGUCUUAUUCCUCAGGUCUAAAUGUUGGUUAAAUAUUUUGUAUUUUAUUAAUUUUAUCAUGUUUUUUUUUAAUUGCGUGAAUAAAAACAAAGGCAAUACAUCAGUAACACAUCGACGGUUACAUGCAUCAUGUACCUUUACCAAUGAGACAGAUACAAUAACUGUCGCUGUCUAAUCAUCUUGCAUACAUGGCAUGCAUUACAAGUUUGUGGAGUGUACGUUGACAUUUUUCCACAGGGCAUGACAUUGUUAAUGUGAGUGCACAAAGUAUAUACCGUUUCUUAGUGCUCGGUUCUGAAUUGUGGGUUGCUUCUACCUUUAAAUUUUCUGUAGUAGAGGUAAUGGUAAUCCAGCACAAAUGUUAAUAGCAAAGCUAACUCGGUGGAGACUCUGCUUAGAAUUGCAACUUGAGGGUCGUCUUGCGUUGGUGUGGGAGGGAUCUGCUCAAGCUGAGCAGUUUGAGGAGUCUUUAGGGGGGACUCUCUUAGCACCAAGUGUAGUGGUUUUGGUGUUUGUAAACCUUGUCCCUGCAGUCUGACUAAUUAAAGCUUUGAGGUUUGUAAAAAACUACAAUGUAGAAUCAUACCUAGGUCACUUGGCAUGCAGAACAAUUUAUGUUGGUAAUUUUCCCACUCUCCUCCCAAUUUUACAUUUUGCCCAUAUCUCCGAACCCUUCUUGUGUGUUUCUCCUAAUCCCCUCUUUCAGUCUUGUGUGUCUCUUAACCCUUUUCACCCUUUUGUGCUUCCCUUAACCCUUAUUACUUUUUGUGUAUCUCUUUAUACAAAAAGCACCCCCUUAACUCUUGUCUGCAAUCUUCAUCCCUUUUUUGUCUACAUACAUAUGAAGGGACAUGCAAUCAUACAUUCAUUUACAUACAAACAUGGACACACACAUACACAAUUACAAACCAUAAUAUACACAGUUGCAGUUAGAAAGUCACACACACACCGUCCAAAGUCACGCAGCCUCACACAUAUACAGCAGUUAUCGACACACACACACACACACACACACACACACACACACACACACUCAUCAAAGUUCCCUCUUACCUUUAUGGGCACGGCAUUUCCUGCUGUCUAGUGAUUGAAGUUGCAGGUAACUGGCUACUUCCUCCCUGCUAGACCCAGUGUGGUCACUCGACAAAGAAUUACAUGCAGGACGGGGGAACUGUGUGUUUACUAGAUGGAAAAAAUAGAUCAGCACCUACUGCAGCUUUCAAUAGUAAACUGUAUGCACCCCCCUCCCACCUGUCACCUGGGAUUGACCAUUCCCCUUCACCCUCCUUAUUACUCCCCUGCUGCCAUUUUUUACAUUUGUCGGUUAGUAUGCUUCAAAACAUAGCCACCCAGAUGUUGCUGAACUACAACUCCUGUGAUUCGCUGGCCAUCUAUUGCAUUCAAAGAGUAAGGGGUGGGACAUGUAUACUAAGAAAAUAACACUCUAAUAUCAAUAAAUAAUGUGCAAAUAAGUAUACAUUUUAAUGUUAAUAUGUUAUCUUUAAUGCUUUUUAUGAUUAAACUUAUAGGUCACCAUUGCUGAAAAUGGCACUAUUUUGCUUAGCUCUCACAUUUACGUGUGUGUAUGUGUGUGAUGAAUAUAUAUUUAUAUCAGUUGGAAAUAACAGAACACACCCAAAAUAUUAUGUUUACAAAAUAGGAUCCAUAAAAUUUUUAUACAAGUUUCACUGUCAUAAAAAAUCAUUGCGUAGCAAUCGCAUAUUAGGUUUUGGACUGAGCUUACGAUCGUUAAACUCUUCAGAACGUCCGACAGUAGCAUUACUUUCACAAAGAGGUGGUUUUUAUUUGAUACAUUGUUAUCUUGUUAGAAAAUGAGGCAGUUUGUUUUGUGAAGGACAAAGAUGUCGAAGAAAGUGGAACCAGUAAGUCAGUGUUUAAAAAUGAGAAAAAUCUAUCAUAAUAUACCUAUAACUAUCAGGGUACAGAUGAAAAAUAAAUCCUCUUUAAGAUUGAUAGGAUUUUUUUUGUUGUUGUUUAUGAUCUUUUUUCUGUGUCACAUAUACAUUGUUUUGGAUUCAAUAAUUGAAGGAGGUUCAUUGUUAAACCGUUGGCAGCCAUGUUUCCAGGAAUUAAAGGGACGUUAUUUCUUGUUUUUGUUAAGGGCCAUUGGUAGAUUGCUUGCCCACUCUGUAUCCACCUCCACCCACUGACGGAUGUUCUCCCAUUUUCUUACUACGACAACUACCAUUUCAGGGGAUUACUAUGAUUUUUUAUCAUCAUGUAUUGGUUAGAAGUUAAAUAUUUUUACAGUAACAUUUUUUUGUCCAUACACAUUUUCUCAUGUAUUUGUAAGGUUUCUUUUAAUGUUCUGUAUUCUUGUAAAUUUGACGUGCCGCAUCUGCAUUGGAUGUUCAGAAAACUUACUGCCUUGCAGGAUGCAUGGCAAUAGGCUGUUAGCAUGCAUUGAAUAUCCUAGUGAUGAAUUGAAUAGUGAUUCUUUUGUUUAUACAGAACAUUUAGCGGUUUGUGCUCUAGAAUGUAAGGAUGAAGAGUCAUUCAUUGUGCACUACAAAAGUACCAUAUGGAGUCAUGGAUGAAUUCUGCUUACAGCAAUAGCUCUAAGUUUUAAUUCUGGCUUUGAAAUUUAGAUGUUAAAGAAACACUGUACCACUAGGAAUAAAAACCUCCUAUAGUAUUCUUCUUUGCAUUUAGUUUCAGGGCCCUUCUCUAAAUCUAAAUAAAACAUGGUAGAAGGGAUAUUACUUAUCUUUUUAUUAUUUUUUUGCCAACACCAAGAUCAAAUUCUUGCAGCUGCUUGAUCCAUCUCCUAAGAUGUCAUGCUGACCCUUCCUCUUCACAAAUAGGAGCAUUGAGGACAAAAAGUGCAUACGUGGCCAGCGCUGUGCUCCUCGUAUCAAAUGGAGGCUAGCUGUGAAAAUCAAGACUCACUGCUCGCGGUGGAAGGGUUUCUAGUGGCUGCCAGGAAAACGGCCUCUAGAAGUGUACUUAACACUUCAAUGUGAGCAUUGCCAUACGUAUUAAAUGGCAAAGGUUUACAUUUCAGGGUUGAAUUGAAAGGGCGACUGCACCCAGACCACUAAAUUGAAAGGUCUGUGUGCGCCCUUGGUGAUUCUUAAAGGCUUUGUUUACUGCAAGAUAUUAUGAUGUCAAGUCAAGCAUUGACCAUGCCGGGAUUUUAAUACAACAGUGUUUUAUGGUUGGAGUAAUCCUUGCUGUCACGCCCCCACCUUAAAAAUAAAUUCAUUAAUAAAGGGAAAGCUCACAUAUAAUUCAAGCAGAAGAUCAUUUCUCCCUUCAGUUUAAUUCGCCAUUUGAUUUCACUCCCCCUGACACAGGGAAAGGGAUGCCACAGAGGUACGGCUGAUGGGUGGCUUGUGGGACAUAAGGAGGACCUGGCCACCAUUGGACGUCCAUCGCCAGCAUGCUAUGCCUGGUUUCAUGCCCAAGCCUAACAUCACAGCACUUUUAUAAAUGUCCAACAUGUGUCUAAAUAUGAAAACCAAACUUUCUUCACAAAUUAAUACUGCUAUAGAAUCCUGUACUAUCUUAUUUAUUUAUUUAUUUUUUUAAUAAUUUAAUAGGUACCAUUUCCACACCAUUAAAUCAGCAGCAUCACAGCAGAAAUAGUCUGACCAUGAUCAUUAAUUGCAUUUGUGAUUUAAUGGUUUGAUGUCCAUCCAUUCUCAUCCAUGGUACUUCCAUCUACUCUUUUAAAAAUGUUUCUAAUAUACACAGGAUUUGGGAUUUAUCCCUUUACCCUGACAGUGUGCUGCUCAGACAUUAGUCAUUUAUUUUAUACUAACCCAGAAGAGGAAUGGAUGGCUUGGAUCAGAAUGCCAGCUGCGACGCAUGCAAAGUUAAGUAGAUAAUGUAAAGUCAAAAUAAUAAUAUAUUACAGAUAAUGGGAUAAUAAACCUGUACUAAUUUUACUUUGUGUUCUAUAUUGAUGCAGCUUUCCGAACAUAGGAAAAAUCUAAAAAAGAAUAUCCAGGGCAGACGGGUGAGAAAUUAUUCCUAUUCUUUGUAUGAAAAUAUUCUUGUUUUGCACUUUUGAAAUUUGUAAAUUUAUUGAGAAAAAAAUAUAUAUUUUAUUUUACCUUUUGUGGAAAAAUGUAAUCCUAAUAAAUCUUAAUCUGUUAUUUUAAAGGGACUCUCCAGUGCCAGGAAACAAACCCGUUUUCCUGGCACUGCAGGAUCCUGCAGUGUCCCCCUCCCUACUGCCCCCAUCCAAUGUCGCUGAAGGAGUUAAAACCCCUUCAGCUACUCACCUGAAUCCAGCACCGAUGUCCCUCGGUGCUGGGUAAGGCUCCGCCCAUGCUCCUCCCCCCACCUGUGUCAGCCGGCUGGGGAGACCUAAUGCGCAUGUGCGGCAAUGGCCACGCAUGCGCAUUAAACCUUCACAUCGGAAAGCAUUAUUCAAUGCUUUUUUUAUGGGGAAAAUCUGACGCUGGAGGUCCGUGAGGUGGUCCAGCAUCAGAUAACGGAUUAAAAGUCCGAUAUGAAUCAGGAAGCGCCCCCAGUUGCGGUCUGAUAGACAGCCACAGAGGGCAGACUUAGAGCUGCAAUGUAAACAUUGCAGUUCUCUGUAACUGCAAUGUUAUACAUUGCAGCACUAAGUGCAAUACGGGCACAGCACCCAGACCACUUCAAUUAGCUGAAGUGGUCUGGGUGUCUGGAGUGUCCCUUUAAGUAAAUGGUAUGUGUGUGUAUGUAUAUGCGUAUGUUUUUUUUUUUUCUGGAAUAAUUUGGGGUUUUUUACGAACAAUUCCUUCUGCUUGGGAAUAUGCAUUUACUCAAUUCUAUUGAAGGGAUACUACAGGAGUCAACAAAACAUCAGUUUUGUUUCUAUCCAUGCAGCUGUAUCCACACCUCCCCUGGUUUUAUUGACUACUCUCUAAAUUGACCUCUAAUCACACAAAGGAGAUAAAAAAGAUUUUAAAAAAUCUAAAUUAGAGUGUACAAUAAAGGAAGUUUCAACAUUAGAUGACUCUAUAAUGUUUUGAAUCUUGUAAACCAAUUCUUAAAAGUGUAUAGUAAAAAUGUGAAGCUUUUUAAUAAAAUUUGCAACAAUUUUGCUGUUUUGUAUAAAUUAUUUGCAAUUUGUUAAGAAGUUAAAUGAAUCAUAGCUCAACACAAUACAUGUUUUUACCCUUUCCAUAUUAAAUUAAUAUAUAUAUAUAUAUAUAUAUAUAUAUACAGGGAGUACAGAAUUAUUAGGCAAAUGAGUAUUUUGACCACAUCAUCCUCUUUAUGCAUGUUGUCUUACUCCAAGCUGUAUAGGCUCGAAAGCCUACUACCAAUUAAGCAUAUUAGGUGAUGUGCAUCUCUGUAAUGAGAAGGGGUGUGGUCUAAUGACAUCAACACCCUAUAUCAGGUGUGCAUAAUUAUUAGGCAACUUCCUUUCCUUUGGCAAAAUGGGUCAAAAGAAGGACUUGACAGGCUCAGAAAAGUCAAAAAUAGUGAGAUAUCUUGCAGAGGGAUGCAGCACUCUUAAAAUUGCAAAGCUUCUGAAGCGUGAUCAUCGAACAAUCAAGCGUUUCAUUCAAAAUAGUCAACAGGGUCGCAAGAAGCGUGUGGAAAAACCAAGGCGCAAAAUAACUGCCCAUGAACUGAGAAAAGUCAAGCGUGCAGCUGCCACGAUGCCACUUGCCACCAGUUUGGCCAUAUUUCAGAGCUGCAACAUCACUGAGUGCCCAAAAGCACAAGGUGUGCAAUACUCAGAGACAUGGCCAAGGUAAGAAAGGCUGAAAGACGACCACCACUGAACAAGACACACAAGCUGAAACGUCAAGACUGGGCCAAGAAAUAUCUCAAGACUGAUUUUUCUAAGGUUUUAUGGACUGAUGAAAUGAGAGUGAGUCUUGAUGGGCCAGAUGGAUGGGCCCGUGGCUGGAUUGGUAAAGGGCAGAGAGCUCCAGUCCGACUCAGACGCCAGCAAGGUGGAGGUGGAGUACUGGUUUGGGCUGGUAUCAUCAAAGAUGAGCUUGUGGGGCCUUUUCGGGUUGAGGAUGGAGUCAAGCUCAACUCCCAGUCCUACUGCCAGUUCCUGGAAGACACCUUCUUCAAGCAGUGGUACAGGAAGAAGUCUGCAUCCUUCAAGAAAAACAUGAUUUUCAUGCAGGACAAUGCUCCAUCACACGCGUCCAAGUACUCCACAGCGUGGCUGGCAAGAAAGGGUAUAAAAGAAGAAAAUCUAAUGACAUGGCCUCCUUGUUCACCUGAUCUGAACCCCAUUGAGAACCUGUGGUCCAUCAUCAAAUGUGAGAUUUACAAGGAGGGAAAACAGUACACCUCUCUGAACAGUGUCUGGGAGGCUGUGGUUGCUGCUGCACGCAAUGUUGAUGGUGAACAGAUCAAAACACUGACAGAAUCCAUGGAUGGCAGGCUUUUGAGUGUCCUUGCAAAGAAAGGUGGCUAUAUUGGUCACUGAUUUGUUUUUGUUUUGUUUUUGAAUGUCAGAAAUGUAUAUUUGUGAAUGCUGAGAUGUUAUAUUGGUUUCACUGGUAAUAAUAAAUAAUUGAAAUGGGUAUAUAUUUGUUUUUUGUUAAGUUGCCUAAUAAUUAUGCACAGUAAUAGUCACCUGCACACACAGAUAUCCCCCUAACAAUAGCUAUAACUAAAAACAAACUAAAAACUACUUCCAAAAAUAUUCAGCUUUGAUAUUAAUGAGUUUUUUGGGUUUAUUGAGAACAUGGUUGUUGUUCAAUAAUAAAAUUAAUCCUCAAAAAUACAACUUGCCUAAUAAUUCUGCACUCCCUGUAUAAAGCCAUAUGUCCACUGAAUAUAUUAACAUACACCCGUGUGUUAUAUGAUUUAUAUGGAACAUUCUAUUGUACACUAUUAUUCUACAAGUGUGUGAUCUCCAUUACAACCAGGAGAUUAAAAAUGCAUUAAAACAGUAUAUUUAUAAGUGUGUAAGAUCCAUUAGGGCAGAUGAGAAUGCAUUACAUCAUUAUAUUUCAAUGCAUGCUUAAUGCUAUAACAGCCAGUUAUUUUAGUGAAUUUCCGGUGUGUUAGCAACAUUAGCACUGACCAUUAUAGAAGAAUAGAUGUCGUCGUAAACUCUGUCUUGAAAGUAUAGAUAAAAUAUUGUGGCGAAGCCAGCUAGUUUUCUCUGUUAACUUUGUAACCAUUUUUCAGCGGUCUAUAAAAUAUUACUCACUGACUGUCAUCAACAAGAAAACCAAAAAAAAAACCCCACAUGGUUUCAUUCCUUCUUGAAAAUUACUACCACUCUUACUUUUAUCUCAAACUCUUAAAAGAACACUCCAAGCUCCCUAUCCACUACAGUCUGCUGAAUGGAGUUGACAGGAGAACCUCUCCGCUCAUAUCCAUCUAUUCAAAGAAGUAAUUGAGGGCACAUCCAGAACAUGCAUUUCUCAGCAACAUGUUGCUGCCACCGAGACCAAAAUUUAUACAAAAUAAGGAUUAAGGAAUAGCGCACACACAACUACAGUUUUAAAAUUUUACUUUUCCUAAUUUUACUAAUUCUACUUAAAAUCACCUAUCUUAGCAAACAAACACAUUUUGGGUUUCAGUUCCAUCACACUGCCAUAUUGUGUUAAGCCCAACACUACGCCACAGUACCCCAAUAUCGGUGGGUCCUACACUAAUUUUAACACGGGAGACAUUAAAUAAUGCUAGUGCUAAAUGAACUAACGUGUAUUUAAUCCCUUAAGGACUGAGCCAAAUGUGCACGUUUUGAUCAACAUGAAACGUAAACAAAACCUGGAAUUUGACUAUAUGUCUAACCGUAAUUCACCUCUUUCAUAUUAAGUGCCCCCACGCUUAUUAUAUGUCAUUUUAUUCAGGAGAAAUAGUGCUUUUAUUUAACACCAAAUGUUUAGCUAUGAAACAUAAUUAAAUAUGAAUAAAAUAUAAAAGAAUGUGAGAAAUUAAGAUUUUUUUUUUAAAUUUUUUUUUAGUUCUGCAUGACAUUUUAACUGUGAAUUUUUCUAAUACUGUUUGCUUUUACUGCAAUAAAAUACACAUAUUUGUAUUCAGUGAUGUCUCACAUGUAAAACCGUACCCCCUAUGUACAGGCUUUAUGGUGUUUUGGGAAGUUACAGGGUCCAAUAUAGCAUGUUACAUUUUUCAGUUUUUUCACAUUAAAAUUCGCCAGAUUGGUUACGUUGCCUUUGAAAAAACUGAAACACAAGCCUUAUAUUUGACUCUCUAUCUUUUGAAAACUCCAUAAAACCUGUACAUGAGGGGUACUGUUAUACUCAGGAGACUUCGCUGAACAGAAAUAUUAGUGUUUAAAAACUGUAAAACAUAUCACAACAAUUAUAUCAGUGUAAGUGCCGUUUGUGUGUGAAAAAUGCAAAAAAUGUCAGUUUCACUAAUGAUAUCAUCGUUGUGAUACAUUUUACUGUUUUGAAACACUAAUAUUUGUGUUCAGCGAAGUUUCCCGAGUAAAACAGUACACCCCAUGUACAGGUUUUAUGGUGUCUUGGAACGCUACAGGGUUAAAUAUAGUGCUAGAAAAUUUAAUUCUCUGGACUUUCUGCCUGGGUUAUCAGGCAGGUCCCGCAAAUUGUAAUUAAUAAAAUGACUUAAUUAUGUAAAAUUAUUAUAUAAAUAUAUACGUAGAAUUAAAAUAUAUAUAUAUAUAUAUAUAUAUAUAUAUAUUUCUUUCUAAGUUUAUUUUGAUAUCUAUAUAUAUUAAUAUUAAAAUACAGUUAGAACGAAAUUAAGCCUAUUUUUUUAACGUAUAGUUAUAUAUUUUAUAUAUAUAUAUAUAUUUAAUCAUUCUAUGUGUAUUUUGAUAUUAAUAUAUAUUAUUAAAAUAGUUAGUGUAUGUGUAUUUUAAUAAAUACUUAGAUUAUAUAUAUAUAUAUAUAUAUAUAUAUAUAUAAUCUAUAUGAUCUAAGUAUAUGUUUUAUUUUACAUUGUUUUAUUUUAUUAUAGGCAGCAGGGGGACUACCUGUCAUUCCAGGCACUCCCCCGCUGCCACUGCUAUGGACGGCUAUUCCGUCCAUGUGAUUGUGAUGUCCUUGCAAGGACCUCACAAUCACAUGGCCCAGGAGGGCCGGAUUGGCAGGAAGGGGGACUACCUGGGAUUCUAGGCAAGACCCCAUCGCGAUCACUAGCGAGCGGGUAAGUCCCCUCAAUGGCGGGAACGUACUAUGCCUUCCGCCGACGUUUAGAGCCAGGUCCCCAAGGACGGCAUAGCACGCCCGCCGUCCUUAAGGAGUUAAUCUGUUGUAAAAGCAUUGUUAAUAUAUGUAAGGAAAAUGUAUUGUACUAACACACAAUUCAAAAAAUUACUGUGUCCACACUAAACAAUUAAAGUGAUAGCCCUUGGAUGGUUAUUCUCAUAAUGUAUAUCAUAAUAUUUCCCAUGUUAAAAUUAGUGUAGGACCCACCGAUAUUGGGGUACUGUGGCAUAGUGGUGGGCUUAGCACAAACACGAUAAAACUCCCUACUCUUCAAUUAGAAAUAUUACCAUUGUUCAAUUGGAUAUUUCAAGUCAGACUAUAAAAGCGGUCCUCAUUGACACGUAAAUGAGCACAGACAGGCACAGAGUUUCAGACUUCAUACUGCAUUGUUAAGGGUAUCUGCGGAGUGCAGGUAUAGCGCGAAGCCUGUCUGUGCUCUUUUGCAUGUCACGCAACUCUGGGAUAGUUGUCGAAACUUUAUUUUUUGAGUUUCUGUUCCUAAGGAAGACUUUUUUUAAAGUCCAACUUGAGGUAUACAGGUGAUGUACAUGAGUGUGUAUAGAUAUGUGUGUGUGUGAAUAUAAAAUAAUUUAUUUAUUUUAUUUUUCAGCUUGUGAAACUGUUUAUAUAAAUGAUUGUGCGCUCCACCUAAAUGUGAUUCGUAGGUGUGACAGAGCAGACGAUUAAUCUCGUUUUAUGGCAUCUCAUAGAAAUUCUUCGAUUGGCUCUCUUGUCACCACCAUAUGUUUUAUGCCUAAUCUCCAUACUUCCCAGUGCUCUGGUGACAUAUUAAGACAUCAAGGCGCCUUAUAAGUUUAUUUUCUUGGCAGCUGAGACCGCUUCCUAAGGCAGCUGAUUAAGUGGACCCUGCACAACCAGGUCCCCGUAAUGAAUCAAUCCUGUUGAUCCACCAGCAGUGAGGGGAAGCUUUUGAAAAUCUAUAUUUUAGCUCAUUAGCCCCUUUGAAGUUGUUUUGAUUUAUAACCUGGCCACAAUACUUUAUCUUAAUGUAUCCUAAAAUCAUUUUAUUAUUUUCAGUUGACAAGCAUAAUUAUUUAUGCUCAAUGUUUCAUUGUUAAUAAAAAAGCCAACUCUGCCUUAUUUCAUAUAUAGCUGUAGCUGCUGCACACUAUUACGUAUCACCCAACCAGAAAAUCAACGAAACCAAACCAGUGGUACAAGGCCAGUAGAUAAAAUUCUGUGUGCAAAGUGGAGCACUUUUUGUGAAGAGUAAUAGACAAUGAUGUUUUUAUACCCUCAGUAGAGGUGUAUAUUUCUUUAAAAUUCCAUCCGAAUGCACAUUUAAAAAUUGAUGAUCUAGCAAGGGAAUAGUGUAUUAUCGCAGGUGAAAAUCAGUUCUUACCCAUAUAUGUGAGUAGGAACAUUGUAUUGAUAUUCUUAAUAUAUUCUUAGAUAUUCUUGCUUAUAAUGAAAAUCCUCCAAACCAUCUAGAGCAGGGGUGCCCAAAAGGUAGGUGAACUACAACUCCCAUAGGUGAACUACAACUCCCAUGAUGCUUUGCAUGCCUUUAAAAUGUUUUUAGAAUGACAAAGAUAAUGAAAGUUGUAGUUUUAGAACAACAGGGGGAUCUACCUUUUGGGCACCCCUGAUCUAGAGAGUGGCAUCACCUGUUUCUUUAAGCCGCAUCAACCUUCCAACUUGCGUUUCAUUGUUACAUCCUAUUAUUAUUAUUAUUAUUAUUAUUAGAUUUUUUUUUUUUACAUGUGCAUUUUGUGUGAAUUUUAAAGACAUAUACACCGCUACAUGUGCAUUUUGUGUGAAUUUUAAAGAAAUAUACACCGCUAUUGAUGUCAUAAAAACAUCAUAGUCUAUUACGCUUUACAAAUAACUCUACUUUGCUCACCCAAUGUUUUAUUAUAGUGGCUAUCUCUGCUUUCUCAGAGUGACAGACAAUAUGUAACUAUUGAGACCGGUUAGAGGUGCCAGUGGAGAUUAAUGUAAUUUAGCGGUCUAUAAAAAAAAACAAAAAAAAACAAAUGUCAGCUGUAACGGAACGCCUGGCACCCCGACUGGGUACCUUCCUUUUGACGGAUGCUUCUACUGCUUUCCAAGAGCUCCAAGCACUCCACAAGACACCAUAACCACUCCAGACCCCACGAACCGCCGCAGCUUGGUUGGGGUCUUGCUGUCUUCCACCCACUCUGGACCCAGGACCAGGACCCCCUUCCAGUAGGUAGGCCUCUCUUAGAAUCCAGAGAGCAGGAACAGAAACAAGAACCGCUCUUACAAGAGCUAGUGAUUAUACUCUGGGGAGUAUAGUGAUUAUAGCAAUCCCCCAAACAUGAGCCAAGACUUCAUGAAGGGUAGAACUGGUCUCUUUACCCCUUAAGGACACAUGACAUAUGUGACAUGUCAUGAUUCCCUUUUAUUCCAGAAGUUUGGUCCUUAAGGUGUUAAUGAGCACAAAGGCAUUUUUUUAAUACACAUUUUCCCCCACAAGGCUACCACCCACGUGGACCUUGUGGAGCACAAGACACAAACCAAUCAACACAGUAUUGUACAGUUAAAUACUCCCAGCUAAUGUACACAAACCCUCCCCUCUGCCUGUGAUACAAUUACCAAACACAAUGGACUAACUCAAGUACUACAGGCAGAAAAUAUAAAUGUUUACCCAAAGUCCAGAAACACCCCAAAACACAAACUUAUCCCUAUAAAUCCUACAUCCCUGGAUAGCCCUGAUCUGGGUGAACAACAUAUCCAAAAAUCACCCAGAUCAGAGAAGGGGUUCAAAAGUUUUAUGGAAGUCACAUCUGACCGACCGCAAUCAUGGCUUUCAUGCCCAAAAUAGUUCCACAGACUAAGACUGUGUGGCUGGUCUAGCUUCUCCUCUAUCCUGGAGACAAAUGGCUUAAGUGGCUGUGGUAAGCCAAUUAUCUCCAGGUACAGGAAAUAUCUCUAAGUCAGAAACCGCCACAAAAACCACAUAAAAAUACAUAAGUCUUAUAAUACGUCUAACCUAUAUGUCCAAUAUAGCUUGGAUCUGAGCGCUCAAUAUGUCCAAUGUUAAAAGUGCCCUAUAGUACAGGGAAGGGGUCAGAAAAUAGCAAGGGCUGAUGGGAGAUUGAGGAGGGACAAAGCAACCAGUUUAUACUGGUCUGGCAGUGUCCCUGGGACAAUGCCCUGCUGGAGAAACAAUAGACAAGAAAAAGGGGUAGGUGAAGAGGCACAUUUUCCCAUGGUAUUAAAGGGGCAGAAAAAGUGUUUUAAAAUCCAAUAUGCCCAAAUAAAGCUUUUAAAGGGGCAAUACAUCCCAGAGACCAUAGUCACAGGGUAAGAGGCUGCCAAGCAGGCCUCUCCAAAUCCCAGUGAUGAAGGUGCUUUCGUCACAUCAGCCUUAGCACAAAGUUAUAAAAUAAGAAAAAGCAGCACAUAGUGAUGUACAGCAUACAACGCUGACACGCAAGAUCAUAAGUAGCACUCACAGAGCUGAAAGCAAAUGGAUGCCUUGAAAUCCAUAAAUGGAUUAUACUGGUCUGCCUUCCACCAUUCAGGGUAAUACAGCAGGUCCAGGAAUAUCAGGUAGCAGAAUCAGGAUGCAAAUAAAAAAAAUAAGCUUGUAGAGCAAAGUAUAAAUUUAUUGAGGCAACAAACUGCCUAAUAAAAAUUAAUGAAUAAAAUGCAUCUAACUCGUUGGACUUCAUCAGAGAUAAAAUAACAUAAACUGAACAGCAAUAAAAAGACUGCACAGCAAUACACAAAUAAAAAACAUACCUGAUCCCACCCCCCCAACACCCUUUAAAUAAUACCAUUAAACAAUCUUAAUUAGAAUGCAAUCCAGAUGUGAUCCAAGCUCCUGAGAGGUUCUAUUGGUCGGUGGAGAGGUGAAGGAUUCCCAUAGGUCUUCAGUAUACCCUCCAUCAGCUGUUUCCACUUGCCACUAUGAAAUUUUCGCGGUCGAAAUCAAUACUUCCGGUUUGUGUUCCACCAGCUUGUGUAUGCGUUCCACGCGUACUUCCGCUUCCGGUUUGAUCGUCCGAAUGCUAAAUGCAUUCCACCAUAAACUGAGAUGCAUUCCACAGUGGAAACUAUGAUUGUAAUGGCAGCAACUUCAUAAGACAAUUUUUUAAUAAAGGAAAUCGAAAGUUAAACGUUUAUACAAUAUGUACAACUAGUUACUCCCUCAAUAUGUCAAAAGAAGGGCGGGGGGUAAAUCAUCUCUCACCAUACUGUUGCAAAGGAUAAAAGUACCCUAAACAAAAAAAAAUAUGGGAUAAAAAACAAUAUAGUCGACCCUCAUUUCAGAACAAUAUGUCUCCUGCUAAGAAUAGGCAUUUUUUAGACAGAGGCCAGACUCACAAAGAGCCCAGGAUAACCAAUUAUUUUUUACCCAGGAGAACCAACCAGGAAUUUUCCAAUUGUUUCUCCCAGCUAGUGACCAAAUCUCCCCUAAAAAGAUCCAGAACAGAGGAGGAGGAGAUCAGUCCCCACAGGGGGUAAAGACCUUUCAAUUAGAUGAACGUGAUAGGGGUAUUUUCAAUUUAACUCAUACACCUUUAACCCAAAUGGAGAUUCAGAUAUUAGAAAGGGGAUUGAAAUUUGCCCCGGCCCAAAGAGCAGAUACUUUUACCCUCUUUAUUGACCUAAAAAAAUAUGUGAGAUCACCAACGGUCCAAAGAUAUUUUUGUAAGUAUCCUAUUGUCCAAAAAGCCAUUCCCUUCCCUGAAGACCAGGGGGUGAAUCACUUUCAUCAAUUAACAAAUUUGAAUCAUUCAAACCCAAAUCAAAGUUUUACCCAGUACAAAGUAUCUAGAGACAUUUGAGAAAAUGGUUAAUGAGGAGUUUAAAAAGAUCAAUAAGAGACCAUUGCAACAACAUAAUUUAACUAAGGAGGAAGCCCUCUGUCUAAGAAAUUUAAGUAGGAGAGAUGACAUUGUAAUAAGAGGCAGAUAAGGGAGGGGGAAUUGUCAUCACGACCUCUGAAUUUUAUCAUCAAGAAUCACUAAACAUUUUGGGAAAGUCAGAUACUUUAUCACUCUGUCACAAGACCCUACGAGAUCAUUCAACUUAGAAUUAAGAGAUGUAUUGUUGAAAGCAUUGGAGGAGGAAAUCAUUACUGAAAAAAACUUUUUUAUUUUUUUAUUUAAUAGCCACCCGAUUGUACCCAUUUUGUAUUUUUUGGCAUCAAUUCUGUAACAGCCAAUUUAUCAGCCUUUUUAGAUUCUAACCUACAGAAGUAUGCCUAAAACGCACCCUCUUACAUUAGAGACACUAAGGCCAUGCUGCAGGAAUUAGACAAUAUUGAGUGGAGAAAUGAUUUCAGUUGGGCAACUUUGUAUGUCACAUCUUUAUAUAGGGUGAUCCAUCACCAUUUAGGCAUAAAGGCAGUGGAGUUCUUUAUUGACAAGGACCCAGAAGUUCAUCCAUCUCUUAAGAAUUUGAUUUUAGUUGCCAUAAAAUUCAUUUUGGAACAUAACUAUUUUUUCUAUGAGGGGCAAUUUUACCUCCAAGUAACAGGUACUACCAUGGGAACCAGGUUUGCCCCCAGUUAUGCCAACAUAUACAUGAGGAGGUGGGAAGGCCCCCCUUUAUGUGGUACGGGCAUGACUGGAGGGCGAGUCUGGUCCUAUGGUGGAGAUAUAUCGAUGAAGUGAUCAUCAUCUGGAAGGGUUCUCAUGAGUCUUUUAAUUCUUUUGUGGGAUAUUUUAAUUUAAAUGUAUUUAAUCUUAAAUUCACGCCGGAGUGGAAUAAACACUGAAUUAAUUUUCUAGAUCUUCUCUUGUUUCAUGAGGGUGACAAAGUGAAAUCCAAAUGCUUUUUUUUAAAAACUGACGGAAAAAGUUCCGUACAUAACAAAAGCUGUCACCAUAAACCAAGGCUUAAAGGUAUUGCAAGAAGCCAAUUUACACGAGUGAGACGUAAUUGCUCUAAUGUACAGGAUUUUAAAACACAAGCAGGACAUGUAGGUAAAAAAUUUAUAAAAAAAGGGUAUGAUGAAAACACAAUUGAAAGAGAAAUCAGGGUCAUGUCACAAAAGGAUAGAAAUGAUUUAUUAGUGGACUGGCCAAAAGUAUCACAUGGCGAAGGAUUCAAAUAUUCAUUCAUUACAAGGUAUAACACAGACCAUUGGAGAAUCAAGAAAUGCUUAAACAAAUUCUGGCCGAUAUUGUUACAAGACCCUGUUAUGGGUAGUAUUUUACCAAGUCGACCACCUAUCAUUUAUAGGAAAAGUCAGAAUUUUAAAAGCCUUGUAGCACCUAGUUAUCCUAAGAAGGACACUAGAAAAAAGGAUGUUUCACAGGCUCAUAAGGGGUUUAAAGGGUGCUCCAUGUGUAAAGCAUGAUCUAGGAUGAAUUUGGGAAGAACUUCCAACUUUAUGAGUCAUGUUAGUCAAGCGAGCUUCUCUAUUAAAUCCAGUAUUGGCCGUCACACGGACUAUGUUGUAUAUCUCUUACAAUGUCCGUGUGGCAAACAAUAUGUGGGGAAAACCAAAAGAUCACUCAAGGUCCAUCUAAUGGAACAUAUUAACAACAUUAGAAAGGGUAUGACGACCCAUUCUGUCCCAGUCCAUUGUAAUUCGUGUCCCCUGUUCAAUUGGAGUAAUUUUAGAGGAAUGGGAAUCGAACAAGUAUCCACACACUGGAGGGGAGGAGACAGAGAUUUAAGAUUAUCCCAAAGGGAAACCUAUUGGAUACAUCUACUAGACUCCCUAGAACCCAAAGGGUUGAAUGUGGAUAUUGAUUUAGCUUGUUUCAUGAUUUAGUAUCACUCACAUUCCCAGUUCUUGCUUCUUUUUGUAUCUCUACUUGUAUGUUCUUGAUUAUAUGCCUAUGAUUAGGACCCACUAUACAAUAAUUUUUUUUGAUAUAUACACCUUUUCUUCUGAUAUGUAUAUACAUUUAUAAAGGGGAUUUGCAUCUCUCACCAUUAUAGAUCAUUAUUCUUUUUUUAGAAUGUAUUAUUUUUUAGAAUUUGUCUUUUUUCCAUUUGGAUAUGUACUGAGUAACUUCAUUUAUUUGAGGACCAAGAGUGCUCAUAAAGAUCUCAAUAAUUCAUCAUUGGUCAUUUUAUACCUCAUUUUUUGUAUUACUCUUGUUUUUAUUAUAUUUUACGUUUUUCAUUAUUAUUUUUCAUUUUUUGGGUGUGUUCACAUAUCUUAUACCAAGAUUCCACUGCCAUCAUAUUGGAUGAAUUGGCAUCCUUUAUUAGCCAUAUUAGGUGUUUUUUCCCAGACAUAUAUGUGGCACUAGCCUAUUUUCCAUUUUUAUUUUUUAUUUAUUAUUAUUUUUUUUAUUUAUAUUUAUUUUUAUUUAUAUUUUAUUUUUAAUUUUUUUUUAUUUAUUUUUCAUUUACUUUAUUUUAUUUUUCUUUGCAGUCCUUUAGUGGGACCAGCAGCUUUGGUCCUUACUACAUAUCUUUAAUAUUGUUUUUUAACUCAUAUAUUUUUUUGUUUAGGGUACUUUUAUCCUUUGCAACAGUAUGGUGAGAGAUGAAAUCCCCUCCCCCUUCUUUUGACAUAUUGAGGGAGUAACUAGCUGUACAUAUUGUAUAAACGUUUAACUUUCGAUUUCCUUUAUUAUAAGAUUGUCUUAUGAAGUUUCUGCCAUUACAAUCAUAGUUUCCACUGUGGAACGCAUCUCAGUUUAUGGUGGAACACAUUUAGCGUUCGGACGAUCAAACCGGAAGCGGAAGUACGCGUGGAACGCAUACACAAGCCGGUGAAAUGCAAACCGGAAGUAUUGAUUACGACCGCGAAAAUUUGAUAGUGGCAAGUGGAAACAGCUGUUGGAGGGUAUACUGAAGACCUAUGGGAAUCCUUCACUUCUCCACCGACCAAUAGAACCUCUCAGAAGCUUGGAUCACAUCUGGAUUGCAUUCUAAUUAAGAUUGUCUAAUGGUUGUAUUCAAAGGGUGUUGGGGGGUGGGAUCAGUUAUGGUUUUUAUUUGUGUAUUGCUGUGCAGUCUUUUUAUUGCUGUUCAGUUUAUUUUAUCUCUGAAGUCCACUGCGUUGGAUGAAACGCGUUAGAUCCAUUUUAUAUGUUUUAGUCAUUAAUUUUUAUUAGGCAGUUUGUUGCCUCAAUAAAUUUAUACUUUGCUCUACAAGCGGAAUUUUUUUAUUUGCAUCCUGAUUCUGCUACCUGAUAUUCCUGGACCUGCUGUAUUACCCUGAAUGGUGGAAGGCAGACCAGUAUAAUCCAUUUAUGGAUUUCAAGGCCUCCAUUUGAUUUCAACUCUGUGAGUGCUACUUAUGAUCUUGUGUGUCAGCGUUGUGCUGUUUUUUCUUAUUUUAUAACCUCUAGCUGUAUCCCUAUUGUUAUCCAUAUCCAUUCGAUUCAACGGAGGCUCUAGAGGGAAAAGCCUUCAGGGAAGCUAUCCUUUUGUUGUACUAAGUUAAGUACAUCUAUCUAUUUAUCUGUUUUUUUUUGAUAAGUAGAAUUGUUUGUUUAGCACGAAGUUAUUCAUAUGCAAAACCUAGAGUCACUGUAACCGUGAGGAAUUGUCACUUUUGUAUUGGGAACUUAAGUGUCUGUUUGUUUACACCUGGUCCCUAUUUAACAUGGUUUCAUUUUGACAUGGCUGCAGACAGAAAAUUCAUGACAUUUAAAGUUUUGUAUUUUUAUCCACUAUAAAUAUAUUAUAUAGCCAGUUGUGAUUCCCGUGGUGGAACUCCUGAGGAAUUUAUAGUGUACCUUCAAUCUGCAGAAAAAAGAGCAAUUUGAAAGCUGUUAGUCUUGGAAAUUCAUUUCAUUCCGAACUGCAGUUUGUCCAAAUUUAGGCCAAUUGGGUGAUUGUUCGAAUUUCCAAACUGACAUGUAGACAAAUCACAAACCAAAAGAGAAACGCAAUGGCCAAGCAAGCCAUAUUGAUCUAGGAGUCUGGAUACAGCAUUUGGUGCCAAAAAAAAGAUGAUUGAUGGGGAAAAAAAUAUUAUUGAUGGCCAGGGGACAGCCACUAUAUGUUGAUUUUAUUCCCAGAUCAAGUGGAAAGUACGAAACAUAUGGGGGAAAAAAGAGGAGCAGUAAAAAUAUUAUGUAUAUAUUUUGCAGUGCACUUACUGGGUAAUUUUUUACCCUUUAGGUUAGUCUGCUCGCUUCCUGAAUCAAUUUUUUUGUUACUGAAUUUCAACUGAGCCAGACUGACCUAUGGCUGCCCUGAAAAAGUUCUUAGUCUUUGGCUUGUGGGACUAUACUGUGGUCUUAUAAAAAAAAGUGUUGGUAAAAUUGGUAAAAUACUGAUGUAUGUGAUUGCUAAACACAUUCCCUAUUUUACUGUUUUGACAAUAAUCGACAAUAUAGUGUUAUAUAUUUAUUUAGUAUCUGCCCGGUGUCUCAGGGUGUUUGAUUAUUUGUGCUCAUACUAUUUUAUAUUAUUUAGAGCCUCAAUGUUUAUGAAGAACGAUAUCAUGCUGUGUGAAUGUAUAAUGUUUACUGCGCCUUGCAAAUAAACUUAUGCAUCCAUAUACAUAGGGAUUAAGUGAUGUUUUAAUUCUUAACAAAAAAGUCAUAUUGUCAUUUUUUUUUCUUUGCAUUGUCAUUUUUCCACUACCUUUUGCUGUUCUGUGCUGUCAAAAGAAGUUUGUAACAGUUGCAGAGCACCCCACCAAUCCAUCUCUAUGGGCUAGAAAACCUUCAAGAUAUGUACGUUUAUUAAUGUUCUUCCAGGUUUCUUUGGUCUUUAACUGCAGCACGUAUAACUGUGAAGCCAUUCUCCUCUACAAAAAGAAGAGGUCAAUCCACAAUGGUUUCAGAAUGCCCUCCUAUUGGACAUUGGAACUUCUGAGGACCUUCCCGUAUUCUGGAAGGAAGUGAAUAUUUGACUCUACCACAGAGCUUUCUCUCAACUGUGCUGAAUUCAAUAAGGUGAUACUCCUAAUUAUCCCACACAGCCAGGAUCUCUGUUAUGGAUUACACAGAGCUCUAAUACAGAUAUACACAGUACAUGCCUCUGUAUGAUGCUCCUAAUAUCUCUCUCUAUGUAUCUUCCUAGCUCUCACUUACAUGAUCUCAUAUUCGGUAGUGCUCCUGAUAUAACUUUAACUUUCUAUUAAAUAUUGCUGCUGUUAUGAAAUAUGUCAGCUACUCCAUUAGCUCUUAGAACACAGUGUGCACAUGGUUAAAGCAUCAAGAUACUGAUAGACUCCAGCCAUGUCAGCUACUCCUGACUCAUAUUACCCCUCUGCAUAUAGUGCACACAGGGUUAAAGCAGCAGGAUACUGAUUGACUAAUUUUUACCUUUGCAACUGGAAAUAUAAUUAAUCUACAGUGGUAGUAUGGAGCCAAGAAGUAGCUGACAUGUUUAACAGAAGCAACAAUCAUAGCAAAUUAAAACAGACUGAAAUCAGAAACCGUAUCAGUCCUCAGAGUCACAGCCCAAGUCGUGCAGUUUGAAUCUGCACAACUUUUCAACUAGCCACAGCAUGAGUGCAUACCUUCCAACUCCGGCAUCCUGCAAAUCAGGAUGCAAUUAGAAGGGAGGUGAAGGGUGAGGUCCAGUGGCACGAUUGCAUUGCUAGAUCCACCCUUAAAUGGGAGUUAAUGGCACAUCAGCCAUUUGUGAAUGUUCACCAGGCUGCCUGUUCAUCAUGCAGGCCUUCCCCUAUGGGCAUGCUUCCACUGAUUGACAUUAACCCAUAUAUAGACUGGUUAUGUGAUAAAUGUAAAUUCAUGCAUUUUGGAAUAAGGAACCCACCAGCCAUAUAUACAUUAUAUGGGGUUCAAAGAAAGAUGUUUUUACUUACAGAAGAGGAAAGGGUUCUUUACAAUGUAGACAAUAAAGAUGUGGAAUUCUCUGCCGAAAGUGGUUGUCUUAUCCGAUUCUAUAGAUAAUUUAAAAAAAGGUUUUGCAUGUUUUUUUUGCGUAAAAAGAAUAUUCAUGGAUAUAACUGAUAAGUAUGUAAACAGAUUGUUGAUCCAAAGAGAAAUCUGAUUGCCAUUAUGGAAUCAAGAAGGCUUUUUUUUAUUUUUUUUUUUUUUUUUUGUGGCAUAAUUGGAAAUGACUACAAUUGUUUUUCCCCCUUCUUUUGGAUCAACAACGUAAAAGGAAUGAGCUUCAGGGUUGAGCGUAAUGUACGUUAGUCUUUUUUCAACCUAAACAAUUAUUUAAUGUGUGACUUUAUCACAAUACUCUAAACAGGUAUAUUUAAUGGUGUAAAUGCACUGUUUAUUGGCCUAACUUGAUGUCUGGUCUAAAUAUUGGCUUCUAGUUCCCAAAUAACUCAACGGUUCUCCAAUGACAUUUGGUAAUGAUAUAGUUGAAAACAAUCUACUGACAUAUUUGUUUUAUUGACCUUCACAAUUGAUUUGUGUUUUUUAUUCUAUCUCACUAAUUGUUGUAACACAGUUUGUUUUAGUGCCCCAUUACUGCUCUAACAAUGAAUUGCUUUUAAUUAUGAUUUCAUACCUCUGUUAGCAUACUAUUAUUGUGUGUAUUGUAGGCUACUUUAUUCAAUAAAAAAAAUCUUUGAAAAAUUGAAUUUAAGUCUCAUUCCUACUCACUGCACCUGCAUAGUUGCCUCUUGGGUUUUAAUGGAUAAUAAACAAAGGGGAAAACAUUGACCAAGUGUUCUACUCAAAGGUGGAGUUAUGCAUUAAUAUUGGUAUAGUACCAGUUAACUUGUUCCUGAUGGGUGUAGACCGUGGGUCGUCAACCUGGUCCCUACCGCCCACUAGUGGGCAUUUCGGGAUUCAAGGUGGGCGGUAGGGACUUUGGAGGUUAAAACCUCCUUUUGAGCGAACGAGUGCGAGCGUGCGAGCACACACAUCAAGAAACCAACGUGCACGAGAAUGCGUGCGGUAGGAUUUUCGGAAGUUAAAACCUCCUUUUGAGCGAGUGGGCGGGCAGCGCAGGCAGGCGCGAGCGCACACAUCAAUCAACCUCCUUUUGUGCGAGAAGGGGUCGGGCGGGAGCGAGCGCACGCAAACACGUGGGAAGAGGAAGGGGAGGAGUGGAAACUGAUAGCAGGGACAGGCAGAAACGAAGCAGAGCAGUUGCAAAAGAAAAGUUAUAGGCAGGAGAAAGAGAAUUGUUGGCUAAUAAUAAUAGGUUGACUAACUAGCUCAGCCUUACUUUUGUACCUGAGGAAGCUAAAAGAAAGGAGAUAAAAAGGAAAAGAUUAAAAAAAAAUAACAAAAAAGGAAGAAAAAAUAGAGAAAAGGGGAUAAAAUAGAGGAGAGUAAGCAGUGUUUAGUCUGGCUCAUAAAUUAAGUUUUUUGUUAUCUUAUAAAAUAAAAGAAAAAAAUAAGGGAAGGAGAAAAUAAAAAAAAGGAAAAAGACAUCCUUGAUAUAGUGAUAUACUAUAAGGAAGGUAAAGAAGCAGGCAGGAAAAGGAAUUUCUUUUGAUGGUGACAUUUAAUAAAAAUUGGCACCUAGUACAGCAUUGUUUUUGGUGUUAGUAAUAAAAGGGAAAAGAGGAGGGAAAAAAGCACUGUGUGGAGUGCAGAUCAAAACGUAAGAGUAAAAGUAGUAAUUACUUUUGUAAUUUUGGCCGUGGUGGAUGCCAAAAACUCUAGCAAAAAAAAAGCCUGCGUUAUAUCCAAAUAUGUGGGAAAUGAUGUUCAAUUUAUUGAUACCUUUCCCUACCACAUAUCUUGUAGAAUCAGGCUUUAGUGCUGUUAAUCAUAUUAUGAGCAAACAGAGAAACCGUCUGAAUAUCACCAUAAGAGGAGACCUUUGUUUGUUCCUUACGAAAAUCAAACCAGAUAUCAAAUAUUUAGUCUCGCAGCACCAGCCUCAAGGAUCUCACUAGUAAAGCUUUCAAUUUACUUUAUUGUUUUCUAAUUAAACUUUAUAAAGUUAAAAACAUUAUAAACAUGCAUAAAGUAGAAAUAAAAAGAUAAAUGUAUGUACAUUUAUUUUUUUUUAAAAACACCCUCCUUUCUAAACAAUAUUCCGCGCUUGCGUGAAAACUGGUGGGCGGUAAGGAAAUUUUUCCAUCAAGAAAGAUGCAUUAGUGGGCGGUAGGUAGAAAAAGGUUGACUACCACUGGUGUAGACAAAGAACUGCCACUACAGGAGGAAAUCAGAAAAAAAGCAGGGCAGCACUAACCCAACAGACUGGAGUAGAAUUAUAAAUGGGUUUUUUUUUCCGGCAUACAAUGUGCACAAUUAUUAACAAUGGAAGUGACGUAUUUAUGCAGGUUAAGCCAGAACCCUCUCACACUUCCUGGCUGUUAUUAAAUGUAUUAAAGAGACCUAAUUACCUAUCUCGUGUUAUGAUGCUCACUUUACUUUCUAUAGAACAUCUGAUCUUAUCUUAUAGGCAGUGCUUUAUAGGCAUGUGUAGCAAGUUUAAUUAAUCUAAAACAUGAGUCAUGACUUGUACUGUAGUAUAUGUGGUGUGGAAAACGAUGUCUUCUAAGUUGGGAGUAAGGGGAAGAAGAGGCACGUUUAUGGUUGUGCAUAUAGUAAAGUUUGAUUGAUCAGUAGUUUGGCAAGAUAACAAUAGAGUCUGUUCCAACAUGGUUGCUCAGUCAGGUUUGUCUUUAUGGUAAAGCAAACCUGUUCUACAUUCUGUCUCAAGACAUUUUGCUACUGCAAGGAAUUUUAAAAUGUACAUCUAUACUUGUUACGUUAGAACGAAUGCAUCUUUGCCUAAAAAUAUUGCAUGCGUUCAAUAUGUACUAAAUAAAAAUAAAUCCUAUUUCCACUUGUAGAAGUUGUGCUCAAAUGCUACGCGCUGUUAUGCUUCUAAUAUGGUUCUAAGGCACUCCAACCGCCUCAUGUAAUGGAGUUCUAAAUAUGGUAGGAAUACAUUAAAAGGUUUUAUUAAGAGAUCGUACAUUUUCUGUGAUACCUUACGAAUCGAUGAGCAAUCACUAUAGAAACUAAUAAUAUAUACCAGUUAACUGCUCCACUUUAAGGACUUUACCAGAUGCUCCAGUAUAUUCGGAACAAUAAAAUCAUAAAUUGCAUAGCCACGCAAGAAUGGUUAGAGGGUGCAAAUGUAUCUUAAAUGAAAUUUAUUUUAAGGAUCAUGCGUCGGUCUGUGUAAAGUAAAAAUUCAUAUUUGACCUUUUAUUAAAAUAAAAUAAAAAAAUGAUCAAAAUAUUGAGUCAUUAGUUGCCACCAAAUAAACACUACCCACAGGAUAUUAUGCUGCAUGUGAGUGAUUUAUGUUUUGUUCUCCUUGUAGAUGGAUGAAAUAAAAUUAAAAGACAGAGCAGUCUUCGUGCUGGAAAAAGAGUUAGGGGUCCAAGCCGGGCUUGCUCAGAGACUUCAACUCCUAAAGGAGGCUCUAGAUGAGCAGCUUAUCCAGUUUAAAGAAUCUGAUCGGCAUCUGAGUAGCCCAAAGCGAGAACUUCCUUAUGCAAGUGGUGCAGGAGACGCCUCAGAUCAUUCAGGAAGUCCUGUAAGAAUUUUAUCCUAGUCUUUGCCUUAAAAUAAAUACAUAUAAAUUGGCAACUAGAGAACGAUCAUUUUACUGGCCAAUUGCAAAGUUCUCAAACACAAAUUUAGUUAUAUAUUUUAGAUACCUAUGCAUUAUUCAAUAUGACAAAUUAUAGUACAUGUUUGAUUUACCAAGAUCUAUUUAAAAAAAAAAAAAAAAAAAAAAAUGGUUUUGUAUUUACCGUCUGUUUCUCUUACACAGCUGCAACAUUUCUUUGUUCCCGAAUCUGCAUUAAUGCCUAGAAUACUUUUCCUCCAAACCGCAUGUAAAAUGUUGUCAAUGCACAGGGGCAACAGAAUUAUUUAUACUCUUAUUAGUGAAUUUCCAUUACCAUAUAAAUACUUUGAUUGAUCGGUUAUCUUAGCAGUGGAUAGCCAGCCACAAUGGGUGAUGUUUUGAAACACAUGAGCUGAUGAACCGCAAAUUAACGAUGACCUGUCAAAAAUCCCUUUUACACUAAGAAAAUAGAUACUCUGUGUUUCUAUAAAUGUUUUGUGGUUUUUUUAAAAAUGUUUUUUCAUGUUUAAUUGGUUCAGCAGUUUUCCGCUGUAUUUAAAGGUGUAUUAGAUAUGUCUUUUUUUUCACAUUUUAAGCAGGUUUGCCAAACCAGAUCUAUAAAUUAGGUUGGACUAAAUUUCCCAGAACAUUUCACAAUGACUGAAAAAAAUAAAAUUAUAAAGAAUAGUAUCCAAUAACCAAUGGAAUAUUUUGAAAACCUGAUUUUAAAACUAUUACAAAAACGUAGAUAUCAAACUGUUGUUAAAAUGAGAUUAAGCUGAUGAUCAUGAGUUUUAAAUUACCUUUAAUCUCUGGAUAGGGUUAUAGAGGUUUGGAAGGUGAAUCUAAAUGAAGCAGCCAAUCAGAAAGUUGCAGUGUUGCAUGUGCCAAGUAUAUGCAGAAGAUAUGUAAUGUUACUGGAAAAUAACAUUCUUACAAAUAACUGCUGAACCAUUUAAAAAUGUAGACCAUUUUUGUAUCUUCUGAUUAUUUCAGGUAACUAUUCUGUUUUCAGAAUGGAAUCCAUUGUCAUGAAGUGUUAUCUCUCAUAGUUUGCAAUGUUUAGCUUUGCUUAAAUUCCAUGUGUCUUCUUUAUUUGCUUUUCUAAUUUAGCCUCUAUGAAUCAAAAAUAAUGUUACUCGAUUUUGCAUUUUUCUUUUCUCAAUUCAAGCGGAACUGUCACUGUCUGGGAACUUUGCAUGAUUUGACAUCACCACUGGCGGUCCAGUGGCUGGGGGGGUGGUGGGCAGGCAAAGGUCAGUUUUACUUACCCGAACCUGUCUCUCACAGGGUUUUUUAUUCCCUGUUUUAAUUCAUUUAUUUAUUGAUAUACACUCUAUUCAAUAAAGCAACGUAAAAUGAUGAGUUGUGAACCCAAAGUCUCUCCUGCACCAGUUGUAUAAUGAAAUUGGGCAUGUUUAUUGUAUCUGCAUUUCGAGCAUCUUCGCCUAUUGACUUGCAUAGGCUGAGGUCAAACAAUAAACAACAUACAUAUCUAAUGGACAGAAACAGAUCUUAAUAUUAAAUUGGUAAUUCUAUCGUAUUGGUUGUUUAGUAAGACUCUUGGGGUAAUAAUAAUGGCAACAUGUGUUGGUUGCAGAGCGGAGAAGCCUUUGGGUGAGUAAUUGAACAUAUUAAGACAAAACACCAACAUUUUAUAUUUAUGCACUGUGAACGAUACUUCAUUUUUUAAAUUUAUUUUUUAAAAGGCAGAUUCCCUUUCGCUUCCAUGUUACACUUUGCAAAAUACUUCUAUGGCUACACAAUAUAAUGAAUGUUCUAUGACAAAGUUAUCAAACUUCUCACUGGCAGGUAAUAACAUAAAGAAGGAAAAUGACACCCAAGCCUGUUAAUUCCCAUUAUUAAAUUAUCUUUUUGUACUCUUUGUUCUUUGACAGACUCUUAGUUCUCUCUUAAUUGCUUUUGUUUAAAAAUGCUUUUAAACUGAGAAUUAACAAAACAAAAUAUUUCAGUGCCAUCAUUGUGAAGUUAUUGAAUGAACGCUACUAUAAACUAGUGGUGUGUCAAAAAGCCCUUUUAGUUGAAGUGUUCUACAAAACACAGUCAUUUUAUGUGGCAUAACUGUUUAGCUGAUGUAAAAACAUUUUAGUGCGUGCAUGGUAGGCUUGUAAGUUGUAGCUCAAGUGCCAUUGCAUCUGUUUUGACCUUUGAUACACUUUCAGUUUUGGAUUGAUCAGUUAUGUGGAUGUGGACAUUAUAAAAUAUCUCAUAUUAUGGUGGAGUAAGUGGAAGGGGGAGCUGGUGGCCCCCAAUCUUCAAACUAGUCCUACUAAGAGACAUUUUGAUCCUUUGUCAAUCUUCUUUAAAAUAUAUAAAUUAAACAGACUAGUAGUGGUAUAUAUCAUAUUUUUGAUAAGCGCAAUUGAGCUAUAUUUGGUUUAGAUGGCACUAUUUUUUUUUCUCUUUUGUGGCUUGUUUCGUUUUCAUGGGCAUAUUUUUAUUUUUCUGCUCUUUCCUGCAUUCCAUAUCCAUGUUUUUCAUUUUUCAGGGAUCUGUAAUAUCUAUCCAUUUAACCUGUUCAGUGCCGUAAGGGCAAGAAUGCAGUUAAAAUGUUACUUAAAGCCCCCCAUUGUACUUUCCCAUUGUGUUCUAUAUACAGUUAUUUGCAGUUGAUCUUUGUUUUAGGAACAGCAGUUGGAUGAAAAGGAUGCGCGUCGAUUUCAACUAAAAAUUGCAGAAUUAAGUGCAAUUAUCCGCAAACUAGAAGAUCGAAAUGCUUUACUAUCAGAAGAAAGAAAUGAGCUGGUAAGUUAUCUAAGAAUACACGUUGCAUGUUAUGGAUAGAAUUGUGUAAAGUAUCAGACUGAAAGGUAUAAUUCCAGGGCAGAAUUACUUAACGACAAAAGAACGCCUCCACCAUGAAAUGCCAUAUUUCGGUUUGUGUUCCAUUUCUGCAAAGUUCUGGGUAUGUAUGAACAUACAGACUGGAAUGAUCUAUUUUUUCAGCAGAUCACAGUAUCCAAGCUGGGUUAAAAUAGUCACUACAAGCACAACUUUCAAGUUUUUGCCAAAGUUUGAACUAACGUUGGACAACUUUGGUUGAACUCUUUCUACUUUAAGCAGAGAGCGGGGCUAGCUUAUAGUCAACUUAUAGUAGCUAUGGUAUGGCUGCUAUCAGUCUACAGAGCAGUUUAACUAUUUUAAUGAUGAAUGGGCCUGCUCUUGGUGGACAAACUACUUAUUCCUGUAAACACUGCUGUUUAACAUAGGGAGUUUUAAAGGGUUUUUUUUUUGGCCCUCCACCCAAAAAAUAUAAUAUAAUCUUUAUGAAAUGCUCCUAAAGACUGUGUUGUUAUUUAAUUGAAAUUCUUGCUCAGUUGAAAGAUAUUGGAAGAAAAAGUAGACAUAUUUUUCCUACUCUUGACAAUGCUUGACAAAAAGACAGAGCUACCACUAUCACGCUAGUCACUAGUGAUGUCUGAGGGAAGAAGUUGUCUAUGGAGGCCCCCACGUCUCACUGGUUCUUCCAUUGACCUCAGUGUUGAACUCUUGCACAUAGGCAAGAGUAUCGCACUGAUGUCCGCUCCUGGCAUAUUAAACACUAGGAGCUGAAUAGUAUCCCAUGGAACAAGAUAGCAGUGCCUGCGAGAGACCCUUUCACUUAAAUAAAACUCACCAUUCCCUGCACCCCACGGCUACUGCACUGCUAGCCGCAAAGAUACCAGAAGUUAUCUUUAAUAAAAUGCUUUAAAAAUUGGUCAUUUUUGUCCCGUGGUUUCCCUUUAAUCAAGCUACUUACAAUGCAUUGGUGUCCAUACAUUUUACAUUACUGGUAACAUUUUGUAAAAUGUGUUUAAGGGUAGAACUCUUUUGAUUGUAAAACUGUGUUUUUUUGGUUCAUGUAAAAUCUUUGCAUGCUUAUCCCUUCCAGGUGAAACGUCUAAGAGAAGCCGAGAGCCAAUACAAACCUAUUUUGGACAAAAAUAAACGCUUGAGUCGGAAAAAUGAUGAAAUGUCCCAUUCUUUGCGCAGAAUGGAAAACAAGUUAAAGUUUUUAAUGCAAGAGAAUAUAGAAAUGGUGGGUAUCCAGAACAAAGAGGUACAAAUACGUUUGAAUGGCUAACAAGCUGAAGAUACAUUGCUGCAAAAUGCUCUCAUUAGUUACAGGUUUAUUUGCCGUAUUAAAAUUUAUUUAUUUUUUGUUUCAGAGACAAAAAGUUGGCACUAUUAGGAGACCAAGCUCAUUGAACGAUCUCGACCAAAGCCGAGAAGAGCGAGAAAUUGACUUUCUUAGGCUUCAGAUAACAGAACAACAAAUCAUAAUAGAUGAACUUUCUAAGGUAGGUAGAAAUUGAUUUAGCCGUGUCAUAUUGAUUUAUAACAGACCUGUACAGGAGGGCUUAUUAAAAGAAUGAGUAAGAUGUUAAUAUGAAAAGAACAAAAGGUCCUUGUCAAAAGUUAUUUUUUGCAAUCUGUUCUAGAGACAAAGUUCCAAUUCAUUUACUUUCUUCAUUUCUCCCUCUGUUUCAAGCAGUGACUUUAUGAAAACAUUAUUUUUUUUUUCUAUUUUGUUGCCAAUUUCUUUAAUUAUAUGUUAGAGAACACCUUUAUCUUGUUAAUGAGUGUGAGAUGGCAUAGGCUACAGGUUCGUAAUACAAAUUAACUAUGGCGAGUACAAUUUAUCUUUUGAGGCCUCUGUAAGUAAGUUACUCAAUAAGGUAUUGGGUUUCUGGUAAUAUAUGUAUUCAUUAGACAUGUGCAAUUAGUUUCGGUCCAAAUAAAAAUUCGGCCGAAUUUCGGGUAAUUCGGACAUUCGGGUGCUUUCGAAUGUCCGAAUAGCUGAAUUGCUGAAGUUCCGAGGUGUCAAAGUGCCGAAGUUCCGAAGCACAGUAUUGCCUAAGUACUAAUAUACUUACCCAGUGAAAGAAGAAGAAUGUUACAUUGUAUAACAUUUCAAAUAAAAAGUAUACAAACAUAGACAGGAUUUAGCUGUAAGCAUUUGCAACACUUACAACAAUCAAGUAACAUACAUUCAUAUAAAAUGUAAGUUACUUAGCCGGUCAUGUAAUGACAGGAAUGAAUAAGUAGAUAACUCCCCAAUUCCCAUGGUAUUAGGGAGUUAUCUACUAAAAGGCUGAAAGACCUAAAUUGGUCUUUCAGGCAAAUUUACUAAUACUAAGUAAAGAUUACUUAGUAUUAGUAAAUUAUGCCCCUACUCGCUAUACCACGAGUAGGGGCAUGUCUAUUAAACAGUGAGCAGCCUGGUAGGUAGGUAGGAGUUUAUUUUUUGGGGGAGGGGGUGAAUAGGGGUUUGUGGACCCCUAGUCAUCUGAGGGGAGGGAGGUUAAAUUUGUAUUUAGGGCCCCCACCCGCCGCUCAGGGGUGGGGGCCGGGGGGGGACAUUAGGUCCUCCCCCCUUAUUUUUGUUUAGGGCCCCCACCGCUCAGGGGUGGGGGCCAGGGGGGAGGACAUUAGGUCCCCCCAGUUUGUAUUUAGGGCCCCCACCCACCGCUCAGGGGUGGGGGCCAGAGGGGAGGACAUUAGGUCCCCCCUUAUUCUAGUUUAGGGCCCCCACCCACCGCUCAGGGGUGGGGCCUAGGGGGUAGGACGACAUUAGGUCCCCCCCCUUAUUCUUGUUUAGGGCCCCCACCCACCGCAGGGGUAGGGGGCCAGGGGGAGGACAAAAAGUCCCCUCCAAUUUGUAUUUAGGGCCCCCACCUGCUCAGGGGUGGUGGCCAGGGGGGAGGACAUUAGGUCCUCCCCUUAUUCUUGUUAAGGGCCCUCACCCGCCGCUCAGGGGUGGGGGCUGGUGGGGAGGACAAUAGGUCCUCGCCCUUUUUUUACUUUAGGGCCCCCACCUUUUUUUUUUUUCUUUUUUUUUACAGUGAGCAGCCAUAGUUACCAUAGGCUGCUCACUGUUUAAUAGACAUGCCCCUACUCGCGGUAUAGCGAGUAGGGGAAAAAUUUACUAAUACUAAGUAAUUUUUACUUAGUAAAUUUGGCUGAAAGACCAAUUUAGGUCUUUCAGCCUUUUGGUAGAUAACUCCCUAAUACCGUGGGAAUUAGGGAGUUAUCUACUAAGCGGCUGCAAGAAAAGUUCCGAAGUGUCUAAGAUCCGAAGUGCCGAAGUGUUCGAGUGCCGAAGUCCCGAAUUUCGGAAUGCUGGACCAAGCCGAAUAUUUUCCCAAUGCACAUGCCUAGUAUUUAUAUAUGUGUAAGUUUUUAAGAUGUGCUAUUGUCUGAUUUGUUAGGUAAUGUUAAUUCCAUUUUUUAGUUGUUGCCGUGGCUGUCUUCCUGACCGCAACUAGCGGCGUUUCGUUGACUGAUCUGAAUAAGGUUGGAAAACUUAAUAGGGAGAAGGUCCAGGGAUGUCUGUGGGAGACUCAACUCAUCAAUAUGUUGAUGUGCACUUUAUCAUAGAGAAUAUGGAUAAUAAAAAAUAUAAAAAGUAUCUGUUAGAAAAUUAUAUUAUGUCAUUGUAUUAUAACUUCAUAUAAACAUUCCAAAUUUUAUUUUCACAGACUCUGGAAACGGCUGGUUAUGUCAAGAGUGUAAUUGUAAGUAAUCUUUUAGAGUAACGCGUCGUGCCUAAAUAUAAAAAAAAAAAAAAAACAUAUACAUUAAAAUACACAUUCGGUAUUACUUAACUUUGUUAGAUGGAAAUGUAGUUGCAUAUGGACAGCGAGGCAGAGAAUAGAGGGUUUUGUAUGUUUUACAUCACGGUGGCAAAAAGAUCAUCAAGAGAUUUUGCAGAAACACAACUCCCAUGAUCCUUUGCCAACCUCUAACUCACAGUAAACUGGAUAGAGUUGACUUUGGGUAGUGGUGAAAAUAAUUUAAAUCAUUAGGUUUGUUUUUAGCAAGAAAUUUCAGCUAUACAUCUUUCUUCACAAUUAUACAUUUAACAAAAACCCACCAGCAUUUUAACAUUACUUUUACCACUAUUUUAAAAAAGGUAACACUUUUACUAUUGUUGGGGAUAAAAUCAGCCCGGGCCCUUUGUGGAUGAUGGAUAUUUGCCAACUCAUUCAGAGCUCUGGAAAUUGGAAAUGAAUAGCAGAGACGUGUUCAAUAACCAAUUCAAAUUGUAUUCAUACGUCAGUUAUAUUUAUACCCCAUUUUCAUAGCAGGAUGGGAGGCGGAAAAAUGAGCAUAUGGGCGUGACAAUGACAUUGUUUUUCACAAGUUAUAAACAGCUGUUUUUAGUUAUAAUUCGAUGUUACAUAAUGUAUGCAUAUUGGAUAAAACCCAGAUGAUUACAAAUACCGAAAUCUUGGACAAUUAACAAGGUCAUUCCAGAAUCCUUAUGUCAUGUAGAUAUCCAAAAUCAUGUUCCAAUAACAUUUCCCGUAAAUAGAUACGUUUUUGUGACAUUAUGACAGAUAAGUCAUUGUGACAUGAGAUACGAUUCCAAAUUUAUUCUUGGGUCAAAUUAACCCUUAUAUGAACAGCUAGGAUAUUGAGCAUAAUGGAUAUUCGCAUCUACAACUAUCCAUAAAGUAAUCUGAUCUCCUGACUAUGCUGUAAUUUCAAGAUAACCCAUAUACACAGUGCUAAUAAUUGCUAGUUAAAGGACCACUAUAGUGCCCUGAGGGUGCCCCCACCCUCAGGGUCCCCCUCCCGCCGGGCUCUUGGGAGAUGAAAGGGGUUAAACUUACCUUUUUCCAGCGCCAGGCGGGGAGGUCUCCUCCUCCUCUCCGCCUCCUCAUCAGAGAUCCUACAUUACCCAAUUCGCUAACCAAAUACCAUCCUACCUGAGAAUAAAACUAAUAUAGGCAUCAAUUUAAUAAGCUUUCCAAAUAAUUCAAUGAUAUUAGAGAAACUUUUAAAAUGAUUAUUAACAAAAAUUCCUAUAGACUUUACUGGUGACAUCUGGAGAUAAAUUAUUUGAAACUUUUUUUUUUUUUUUUCCCCUAUCCGUAUUGAAUCAUUUGGAAAGCUUAUUAAAUCGAGACCGUAGUGUCACUUUGCCCAAGUGAAGCGAAAAAUAAGUGUAUUUCCUUUAACACCAUUUAUACAUUGUUGUUUUGUGGCUAUGUAUUUAAUUUAAAAAAAACUGUUGAUUACAGCUGGUUGAUUACACCAGAAGCCAAGUAUAAAAUCUGCGUAUACAAUAUAAGACCAAUGUACAGCAUUAUGCAAUAAAAUAGAAAAUCUUUGUUCAGAGUAAAGGCAGUGUUUACAUUGCCCUCUAGGGACACCUUCAGUGGCCACUCCUCAGGUGGGUAGCCACUGGAGUUGAUAGUGGCCACUCCUCAGGUGGCCACUGGAGGUGCUUCCUGGGACAGUGCUGCACAGUGGGCUGCACUGCAGUUAAGCUGAAUCUUUCUAAUAGAGAUGCAUUGAUUCAAUGCAUCUCAAUGAGCAGGUGCUGAUUGGGCAAGCUGGCGUUUGUCCCUGUCCCUGUCCCACCUCCUUGCCAAUUUCAGACAAUCCAAGGUUUUCCCAUUGGAAUGGCUGAAAUCAUAAAUUCAGAUGUUCAGCAAGGGUGGAGUCAGACCCACGCAGCGCUGGAAAUACGGUACAUUUUAUUACCUUUUAAGGGGGUGCAAGCCACCUAAAUGGUGAUUUUAACACUAUGAGGUCAGGAAUAGACGUUUGUGUUUCUGAUCCUAUAGUGUUCCUUUAAAUAAAAAAUCAUUAAUAUAUAGCAACAGAUAUGUUCAAAGUCUUUUUAAUACAAAUCCGUGAAAAAUUCAAAACAAAUAGAUAUCCUGCACAGUAUGGGUCAAUAUUAAGGCACAUUAUAAACCUUGCUGUAAUGCCUUUGAUUCUCAAGCCUCACAUCUCAUUUUAGGAGUCCCUUUCAACCUUUUAUCAAUAACUACUGGGUGUUUGAUGGCAGAAUUCUAUAUAUAUAGCUUUAAUUGCUACAGAAAAUAUUUAUCUGCAUUUAUAUACAAUAUUUUUAUAUUUUUAAAAUACACGUCAUAUGAGGUGUCCUAAAACUUUUUUUCAUAAAACUGUGUGUAGCUAAUGCGUUAAAUAUAUAUAUCCUAAAAAAAAAAAUAGCUGCUACAAUAAAAAGAAUAAAUACAAAUGUCUUCAUUUUGCAUAUUAUGUUUGUGAUUGAGUACCAUCUACCUACUAGAAAGUGACUUGUUGUUUCCUGAUGAUCCUUGCGCAUCUUACAUGCAUACAUACGCAGUGCUUCCUACAAAUACCAGCGGGAGGUACUCACACAUGUGCAGAGCGUAAAUGGUAUAUGUACUGCACAUGCAGAAUAACCCCAUCCAUUUUAUUGAGUAGGUACUAGAUGAUCACAGAAUGCUUCCUUAACCCGUGUGAAACCAAAACCAAUAAUGUCUUGUCCCAGAUACAGUAAGAGAAGGUACCGUGAAAAAGCAUUUCUUCUCUUUUGCAGAUAAACUAGCACAACACAUUUAUUCCAAUAGAUUCUUUUGCAAGCUAGAAAUUGAACAUGAUGCCUUUCAAUGCACUCACGCAGCUGCCAUGAAUGUUUUUGUAAAGAAGAAACAAAUAAUAAUUUCACCAUGCAUUUAACUUUUUUUUUUUUUUUAAUGCAGGACCGAGAAAAGCUUUUAAGGUUCAGAAAGCAAAGGAAAAAAAUGACAAAGCUCCCAAAGGUAAAAUAUUUUCCACUUUCAAAUGUGUAUGCUUCGUGUUCCGAACAAACAGUUUCAAGAAAAAAUAUUUCUUCCAUUUCUAAGUCGGUAGAAGCAGCGGCUGUUACCAUAAUGCAUCCUUGUCAUUUACAGUAAGACUCUUACUUUUGGCACUAAUCUACAAACGUCUAUAUGGCUCGAGCAUAUUUUUGUUAGUGAAUGCUGUUUUAUAUUUACAGUGCAAUGUACUUUAUAAUGAGAUUUUUCUAUAUAUUUUAUAUUUUUGGACACGUGCACACUACGUUCUUGCGCACUCACUUAUUCGUUAUAUAGAUAUAUAACUCUUAGAACAAAUAACAAGCAUACAAUCAAUCAGUUAUCUGCUAAUAAUUUUGCAUCAAAUAGAUAAAACUAGAUGGAACAUUUGUACAUUUUCCUGCUAUUCCGUGCUAGGGUUAUCUGUACUAGACACAAUAAUAUAAUGUGAGAAAUGACAAUAAAACAGGUGCAAUUAUACCACUUUUAGUUCUGCAAAAAUUCCAUUAACGCUAUUGCUGCUCAGUCGCUAAUCCAGAAAAGGCGGACUUAGUAUUCCUCCGAUAGUGGAGCCCCUAAUGAAAUAAUAAACUGGGGAGGACAUAGUAUCCAUCUAAGUGCCCCACAAGAGGGGGCUAUUAAACUAAAGGAUGGGACAUAUUCUCACCCUCCAGCCCCCACAAGUUGCUGCUCGUUACUGUGUCAAUGACUUAAAUCGAUGCUCCAGUACAAGGACAUCACUUCCUCCAAUGCAGGUACAGAUAUUUAUAGGGUGAAUAAACCUCUCCCACAACUACAGGCUUAACAGUAUUUCCAUAUAUCAUACAGCACAAUGGCAAACUAAAACCAAAUAAAUAAAGCUUAACAAAACAGAGCAAAAUAUACUCAAUAGCCAUUAUGGCAAGUAAAAUGCUGAUGGAAAUCCCUCCUAUGUAGUAAAAUCAGUGUAUCACAUCAUUCUGCUCCUGUCAUUUCCCAUCCCUUGUUAUAGAAAAUGUUACUUUUUUUUUUUGUUUUUUGUUUUUUUUUUGUUUUCCCUGGACAUUUUAUUGAGCAAAUAAAUUGCAUAAUUGAAUAUUCUCACUCAUCUUGAUGUCAGAAGCCUUAUAAGAAGUUUAUUAUGCUACUUAUUCUAAUGUGUGAACAGAUUAUUUUUUUUUUUUUUUUUUUACGUUUUAUUCUUGAUUUCUUUUGUAGCUGAUUCAGUCAAGCACAUACAAUUAUAAAAUGUUAAACAUUACUGAUUCUCUUAUGGCCCUGAAAUCCUAAAGCAUCCAUAUCAUUUCCACUAUUACCAGCCUGUUGUGGAGACAUUUUUUGGUUAUGAUGAAGAAGCUUCCCUGGAUUCAGAUGGUUCUUCUGUUUCAUACCAAACUGAUCGCACAGAUCGCACACCUUGCACUCCAGACGAGGAUGUAGAAGAGGUACAAUUUAAAUAUUACCUUUUUCCAACCAAACUAUGCUCCCUUACAGUCAGGGUUGGGUUUACAUGUCCGGUGCCUAUAGGCGCAGAAUUCUAAGGUACCCUCUGCCCCCCACAUCAGUUGUUUAGUUUUUAAGAGGAGUUAGGGUUGAGGCAAAAUGCCUUUUUUUCAGGUUUAGACUUUGAGUACUUAUAUUUGGAAUGAAGAAAAGUGUUUGUUUAGGUUUUGGGAGGGGCUCAAUUUAGGAUUAGGUAAAGAGGGGUGUUAAAGGCAUGUGGAGAUUUAAGUGUUAUUUACAAAAAAAUACUCAUUCCUAGGUCUUCUAUAGUCCAGUCACCCUCAUAAGAUCAAUAGUAGGUCUGUAUGAGCUGUUAUACAGUGUUCAUCACUCAUUGCUGUACCUGCUUCUCUUGCAAGGCAUUUCCUGUGUGAGAGGCUGUUUGUGGGCAGAUGGGAAGUGAUCAUUUUCACUUCCUGUCCAGCCUCACACACAGAUCCUGGAGGAGCUGGGACAACACUGAGUUUUACAUCCUCUAUAACUGUACUUGCAGCUCUGCUACUGAGUACCUGAGGCUGACUGGGACUACAGAGAUCACUGGCCAAGGGUCCUAAUAGUUAUCUCUCUCCACCAGCCCACAUGAGCUCCAAAAAGGCACAUUAUAACUGCUGAAAACAGGCAUCCAUUCUGGACAGGUACCUGUGAGCAGAUGCCUACUCUGUCUAAUAGGAAAUCCGGUACUGCAAAAACGGGUUUGAUUUAACUUAUGCCACAUUAACAAGAUGUGCCAAACAACCAUUAAUUAUUUUAUAACUAAUGAUGUUCUACACCAUCGCAAUCUCUUUCUAGUGAAGAUCCUAUGUUGUUAUGUACAUCAGUCUAGCUUUAGAACAACCUUAUUUGCUGGAUAGGAUUUUAUCUUGUGAUGGACUCUGAAGUUGUCUAAAAGGGCUUAAAGCCAAAGCAGAGAGACUAUAAAUUUUAAGUCUGCUGUGAAGUCCAAAUGCAAAAGGAAGCUCUUUAUUUCCAUCAGACCAUCUCAGUGGCUACAGACUGACCACACUUAUGUUGAAAGGACUCAAGUGCAGCUGCACUUAUUUGGGGAUCAUAAGCAGUUCUCUCCUUUACAAUAUGUGGCCAAGUUUAGAAGGGGUCUCUUCACUCGUAGAGACUGCACACAUACCACGAGUCUUUAACAAGAAAUUCGUAGAUCAUAAAAUGUUACAUAUCUUGACAGAAUGUACUGAAAUCAUGCACCACUUGCAACGUGUUGCUUAUGUAACAGGGUAUGGCCAAAGAAGAGACUGAGCUGAGAUUUCGCCAGCUGACCAUGGAAUAUCAAGCUUUACAACGUGCCUAUGCACUCCUACAAGAACAAGUUGGUGGAACGCUUGAUGCAGAGCGAGAAGUUAAGGUGUGUGUGUGUGUGUAUAUGUGUGUGUAUAUGUGUGUGUGUAUAUAUAUAUCUUUUAUAUCAGGCAAUGCACCUGAUUGGUCAUUUAACAUCACUGAUGUGGAAGUCUCUGCUGAAGAACAAGAGGAGGGUGUAGAGUAUUGCAAGCCAGGAAAUGUCAGAUAUCCCCAAAGAAAACAUGCAACACCAUGUUGUUUGCAUGGUUUCCUUAGGAGUAUAUCUAAAAGAUUGUUGUGGGGUUUUUUUUAACAUAAUUUUCUUUCCAAAACAUAACAAUAAUAGAAAAACAUUCAGAAAUAAUGCAGUGUUUACAUUACAGCCUAGGGAUAUCUUCAUGGCCACCCCUCAAAUGGCUGCUAGAGGUGCUUCCUAGGGCAGUGCUGCACUGACGCCCUUCAUGGAGAUGCUGAUUUUUUACCCCCCACAGAGAUGCAUUGAUUCAAUGCAUCUAUAUGGGGGAUGCUGAUUGAACAGGGUGGCGUUUAACUCUGCCCCCUGCAUUACAUCCUUGGCAGAGAUCAUUAGAAAAGCAUUGUGAUUGGCUGAAAUCAUCAUAUCUGCUAAUGUCAGCCAAGGAGGCAGAUUGGGGCUGGGGUCAAAUGCGAGGCACUGGAAAAAGGUGAGUAAAUCACCUUUCUAACAAGAGGUAAGGGUUUUAGAACUCUAGUGUCAAGGAUAUACUACAGUGCCCUUUAAUCUGUUUUCUGAAGCAAUACUUUACACCAGGAAAACUCUCAAAAUCUUUUAUAUAUAAUGUUAGUCCAAUAAAAAAAAAGUAUCAUUCUAUACUGCAGCAAUACCCUGGUAUUUUGGUAUCUUGUCUACUGCACUAAUCCGGCUAAUUAAACAUAUAUAUAUAUAUAUAUAUAUAUAUAUAUAUAUAUAUAUAUAUAUAUAUAUAUAUAUAUAUAUAUAUAUAUAUAUAUAUAUAUAUAUAUAUAUCACUCCAAAGUAUUUUUUCAAUCAAGCUUUAUGUGUAGUGAAGAGGAUCAACGUUUCGACCCAGGAGGUCUUUCCGUAUAUAUUUUUAUAUAUAUAUAUAUAUGUGUGUGUGUGUAUUAUGAAGUGUUCCUUUAACUAGCUAAUUUUUCAUUCUUUCAGUUUUUACCCUGAUCCUAUGAUCUGAGAUAUAAGAACAUACAAUGUCAUUUAAUCUUAAAGCAAACUGUUGGUCUGAUAUUCAAUUCUUCUUGUCGGUUUCAUAGAGUAUUAAAAACUUUUGAUGUAUUUUCUGUGAUGUACAGACUCGGGAACAGCUGCAAGCAGAUAUAAAUAGAUAUCAAACAAGAAUAGAGGAUCUGGAAAAAGCAAUGUCUGAGCAGGGCCAGGUAAGCUAUUUAAACCUUUAAUGACUUCAUGCUUUCUGCUCAACAGAGAUAAACACAUUUACAUAUUACAACUUUGUUUAUUUUGCAACUUUUGCUUUGUCACAUAAGAUAAAGAAUAUCUUUAAUAUUUACUAUUGAGUGCGCUACAUAAAAAAAAAAAUAGCUGAUGCAUUGUGGGAAACUUUUUGUUUAUUAUCUUGCUUCUUGACACCUGUAAGUACCCAUUGUACAGCGCUACGGAAUUUGCUGGCACUAUAUAAAUAACAUAUUAGUAAUAAUAAUAUGUGUUACCAUUUCUAUAAAGAUUAAUUCGUUUUCAGUUGUAAGUGUUUGAGCGUUAACAGUUGUAUGUGUGUGUUUUUAUCAUUACACCUAGAUGUGGCAGGUGUAAUUUUUAGUUACUUUCACUGUAUAGCAUGGUGAAUAAAAACAGGUACUAAACCGUGCUUAUAAACUCCUAAUAAGCUCUUUGGGAGAUUUUACUAUGUCUAGCAGCCACUAAUUACCAGUGAACAUUUGUAGCCUGGAACUUACUGUAGUUACUAAUAUUAUUUAGUAACGUUCAGAUUAGCAACUUGUUAGUAACAGUUUCCUUGAAACCAUUUAAAAGCAUCCCAAGGUUGUUAACGGUAUCAAUACCAUUUAAUAUAUUUUUUGAUGUACAAGAAUCAAUAUAAAAGACAAUACAAGUAUUAUAUAUCCUUAGUUAAAUAUUGUGAUAUUAUUUUUCGUUAAUAGAAAAUGAUCUAUAUGAAAGAUAGCUACGGAACUCAAAGUUCAUUUUUUAAAUUUUUUUUUAUGAUGCAGUUUUAUUACAUUUUAUCAUAUUUUUUGUAGCAAAAAUUCAUCAUUUGCAACGGUGUCUAAAAUAAGAAAUUUUCCAAGAAAAUUUGGGAGCUACUCAUCAUAGACUAACACACUAUUUAAUGGACUGUGGGAUGGAAAUAGUAUUUAUCAUUACAAAUAUUCUCUGAUUGUCUUUUGAAAAUGCAAACACAAAACAAGUGUAUUCUGGAUAAAAGACUUGCUGUUUAUUCACUUCCAACCCUACCUAGAACCACUUUUAGGCAUUUCAAAGGCAAAUUAGGCUAUUAAAUGCUGUUUUACUAAACUGCGGACUCUGCACUAGAUCCCAGUUGAGGAACAGUAAGCAAUUAUCUGCCAAAUGAGCGGAAAUAAACAAGAAAUGUCUACAGAUAUUACAUUUUGUUUUCAAGGACAUGAAAUGGAUUGAGGAAAAACAGGCAUUGUACAAAAGAAAUCAGGAAUUUGUAGAAAAGGUAAGACAUUAUCACGUUAUGCUGGUCAUGUUUCUAGCAAUAACCUCCUAAUCAUAUUUCUUAUGCUGCAUAGGUCUGUCUGUCUAUCUAGCUUAAACGGCUUAGACCACUUGCGUUAAAUGACUUUUUUGUUAAUCUACUGUCUGUUAAAGAAUUGCGUUACAGUACCUGUUUUACUCAUCGUAGACACGUGAUGAUCUUCUUAAAUGAGCAUCUGAGUGUUUGUGUUACUACUCAUAUGUAAUCGAAAACGAUUUGCUCUCCUUUUAUAUUUAUGAUCAAAUGUCUGUUGGUUAUUCCUUAAAGGGACACUUCAUAGCCCAAAUACAAAAUAAAUAAAAAUCACUGCUUAGUACAAAUAAACUAAACGAAAACUUGCAUGCCUUUAAUUAUUCUUUUUUUUCCAUUGGGUUUUGUCUGCAGUCGUUGCCAGUUCUGUCCUGCUAACCCCGCCCAUACUUUCUGUGGCUGUCCAAUCAGAGUCUCCCCAGUGCAGCUCAAUGAGAAGGCAGGUGCAAGGCAGGUGCUCUGGGUAAUUGCUUCCUUUUGAGUUUAGCUCCACUGAGCUAACCAAACCAGGAAGUAACAGAACCUGUCUGCUUGAAAGCCAAAGGGGGGUGGGGGGAUGACCAGAUUAAUUUAUAAAAGUGUCAGUUUCUGUUGACAUCUGCACUUUUUGCAAAAUGAAAAAGAGGAUGCACACUUCACACACAAAACUUUUCAGCAACCUAAAAUGCUUUCGGGUUCUGGGUAUCCCUUUAACCUUAAUAUUUUUACGUGCUGUCCUUUUAGACCACUGACUUAGACAGAUCCAUGAGUGAUUCAUCCCUUGCAGCUUAAUUUCCUUGAACUGUUUUAGAGACGUAUGUUAUAUGAUUUAAAGAUCUAUGAGACAUUGUCCUAUUUCCAUUCAGUUUCUGUCAUACUGCAAAUGACAGCUAUAAAAAAAUUAUCUGAAAAAAUUAUUAUUAUUAUUAUUUUUUUUAAAUUCAUUGUAUAGUAACACAACAAACAAGUUACAAGUUAAUUACCCUUGACAGGGCCCCAGUCAAAUCAUAGUGGCCUUAUAUGGUUAUUGGGGAAACAAACAAACAUAAAUUCAUUACUUAGAAGGUGUCUAUUUAAUAGAAAACAAAUGAUCCUACCACUCUUACAUCAUUUUAAAGGUAUGUUUCUGUGCUGGUGAUCUGCAAAUUAAUACAACUAACUUUGGAGAAUGAAAACCCUCUUGCUGUUAGAUUAAAUCUUUUUUUUUUUUUCCAUACUGAUCAAUUGAUAGAUUAAAGGCUUUCAUUGUGUAAGUGUGUGUAUAUAUAUAUUUAAAGAAAAAAACUACCUCUUUCAGUUUUUUUAAGAUGGAUUUAAAGUAUUUUGGGAACCGGGAAAUCAUAAACAUUAUGCAAAUUUAAGUUAUUGUUCUUUGAUUUUUAGGAGUAAAAAGGAACUGUAAAUGAUGAUUUCUCCUUGUCAGAUUAAACAGAUGGAGACGGAUGAAGCAAAGCUGCGGCAUGAUGUACAGGAUGUGAAAGACCAGAAUGAACUACUGGAAUUUAGAAUUCUUGAGCUUGAAGUAAGCACCCAAACUAAGAUUAUAGAGAACUUCCUUAGAAUACUUCCUACACUAAUCGUAAACACUGGUUUGCGUUCCUAUUUCAAUUUUUUCCAAUUUUUUUUUUAAACAGACAUGCAAGUUAUUUGAUUUGCAAUACAAAUACUUUCUUAGCUGAGAAAAUGCUAGAUGGGUUUUGGUGGAAACUAGAUAACUCAUUAAUCAGGCUUUGUUGUUAUUCCAGCUAUUAAACAUUACUUUGAGAUGUCCUAUGCUUUGAUUGAAAAAAUAAAAAAAUCUUAAUUUGUUUAAUAUAUAGAGACGCAUAAUCGUAUAGUGUAUGAAUCUGCUGUAUUCAAUUAACAGUUUUGGUGGGUUUUUAAAUUCUUAAAGGGAAACUACCUAUAGUUCCCCUCCCCCACAUGGUGCAGUAAGUGUUAAAAACGUCUUCUGUCACUUACCUGGGUCCAGCGCCGAUGUCCUUCGGCGCUGGAUCGGGCUCCUCCUCCGCCAACAUCAUCCAGCGUGGGAGACCUAAUGCGCAUGCGCUGCAAUGGCCUUAUGACGUAUAACGUACUUAUGACGUAUAAUGCUUUCCUAGGGUUUCGGGUGAUUCUGGAUGUCCUCAUGCAUAAACAGCUACUAGAGGUGGAGUUAACUCAUAAAGCAAAUUAUUGUAGUUUAUUAACAAUCGCAUUAAUUACCUUUGCAGACUUAAGGGGUCCUAGGACAGUGCACCCAAACAUCUUCCAUGAGCUGAAGUGGUUAAGAAUGGCUAUGAAAUGUAAAAACAUUUAUUUGUAGCUUUUUCUGUUAUUCAGACUCUGUUCGUCUCCUAUUCGUCUCCAAUUCCUUAAGCUGUAUUUUUCUAUCUUUAGGAGCGGGAAAGGAGAUCACCUGCCAUCACAUUUCACCAUAUUCCCUUUCCAGAAGGAAAAAGUCCUCUGCAAGUAUAUUGUGAAGCUGAAGGUGUUACAGUAAGUCUUCUUUUAUGUCUUGUGGUUCGAGUGUCCUGCGAAUAUCACGGCUUCUAUCAAGGCUCAAUCUUCUUUCUUUCUCGGUUUGUGUUUCUAGGAUAUCAUUGUUUCUGAGCUGAUGAAAAAAUUAGACAUCCUAGGGGAUAACGCCGUAAGUGUAUGUUCACUUUCUAAAUUGUGCAUGUUUCGCUGUGUCAUUUGUCCCUUUUGCUGUUGCCACAUGUGCUGCAUGCACGGAACCCAUCGGCUAAACAGGUGUAUGGGGCAGAUUGGCUUUCUUUAAACAGUGGCCAGUAACAUACUAAAGUUCAUCUUCUUGACAUUUUACAAUCUGCCUCUGUUGUAUUUUCUUCCUAAAUACAUCAUUAUGCUCCCACACUGACCUUCUGUUCAACAGAAUAUUUUUUGGUUUACAAAAUAUUAUUCCAUCUGGUUCUUUCUAUUAGAAACUUUUUUCUUGGUUCCUUCCACUAUUCAUUCAUUCUUCUUGACUGAAGCUGAAUCAGGGAUACGAUUUUCUUACUUUUUGUUUUUGACUUUUUGAGUGCAAAGGCUAAACACAAUUUAAAAAAAAAAAAAAAAAAUUAUUAUAGUUUUGCUAAAAUAUUUGUUUCCCUUCUCCAAACAUUGGAAAAGAUCAUAAUUUUUAUGUUUGAUGGGUUUUACCUUUGUUUCCCGUUUGAAUAAGUAGCAAAGGUUGAAGGGAUUCCUAUUGUGUGUGAGAAAUGCAAAUAUGUAUUCCUUACAAUGUAAUGCCCUUUGCCUCCCCCUCAUUCAUGCAUCCUCCUCGGCAUGUAAAAAACUUUGUUUACUGACCUGAUUCCAGCGUCGAUCUUCCUUGGCACUAGAUUUGCACUCCACCUCCGCAGACGUCGUCCGAUGGGGGGGACCUAAUGCGCAUGUGCUGCAAGCUCCACGCACACAUUAGACCCUCCCCAGAAGAAAGCAUUGAUUCAAUGCUUUCCUAUGGAGAUUUUACUGACGCUGAACAUCCUCAUGCAGAGCAUGAGGACGUUCCACAUCAGUUAGGCGACCUAAAAUCGGUUAGCCACCAGGAAGCGCCUCCAGUGGCUUUACAUUGACAGCCACUAGAGGCAGUCUUAGUCCUGCAAUGUAAUCAUUGCAGUUUCUACAAAACCACCAUGAUUUACAUUGUAGGACUAAGGGGGACAGUUAAUAAGCUGCAGUGGCCUGGAUGCCUAUAUUGUCCCUUUAAACAAAUUCAGUUUAUAUAAAAUGUUCAUUUGCCAAUUUUUAUAGUUUGAGUCCACGAGUGCUGAGCAAGGAAAGGCAAGUAAACCAUGUUAAAGCUUUGUUCAAAUAUCUACCACUCAAAUGGAAAAUCUGUUUUAGGUUCUUCUUAUUAUAUUAGCUCAAAAACUUGAUGGGUAUUUGGAUGAAUUAAUACCAUUACUGAGUUAACUGAAAUGGAAAAUAUGCUUACAAAACAUGCUUUUAAUGUGCUUGCAUUUAUUAUUUCAUAUGAGCCAGUAAUAACUGUAAACCACUCGAAAUGAUUGAACUGACCUUUUGCAUGUACUUUUGGAUGUAGAGUUUGGCAAAUGACGAACAAGUGGUUGUUAUACAAGCAAGAACAGUCCUAAAUUUGGCUGAAAAGGUAACCAUUUAACCAGUUUGACUUGUAUAUGUAUUUUUUAUUUUAUACUGAAUAACCUUAGGCCCUUUUCUGGCAAGCUAGUUGUCACUUUAUGUGACGAACUAAGAUUAUUAUAAUUUUGUUUUAUACAUAAAGGUCUUUUUGUUCCUGAAGCAGUAAUGGGGAAAUGCGUAGGGCAGAUAUUGUUUAAUUAUUAUAUGGUUUACAUCUAUGUAUACUAUAAUUAUAUGCCUAAUUACAUAGCCAUUAAAUUUACUUUGUCCAGAAUUGCUGUUCAUACUUUAAAAGCUUGCAAGGGGAGCGGCAUAGAAGCAGUUUUAUGAUAUAUCAUAGUAAUGAGAUGGUGAUAAUACACACAGGUACACUUCCAUAUACAUAUGUAUUCUUUGCAGUUAUUUAGUGGCAAGUGUUGUAUAUCAUGAUUAUCAGGUGGCUACAUUUUUCAGACACAUAACCUGUAUAUCCCAAAUAUUGUCCUUACAUUACAAACCACAUGCAUAUCUCAAAUAUUGUCCUUCUAUUUUUUUACUGCAAACCUUUGUCUAAUAUUAUUACAAAAUGGAUGAUAUGCAAAAAUAGAAACACAAGUUCUACAACCAUAUUUUUACCUCUGUAUCAUUUUCUUUAACGAUCAUAACGUUGCCGCUUUGUCCCUUUUGAUCCAAUAAACCUGCCUGUGGUUUGAAUACACUGAGUGCCUGGUGAUUUUUUUAUUUUUUUUAAAUUUUUUUACUGUGAACAUUAUAUAUGAAGGUUGGUUAAAAAGACCAGUAGUGCUGGUUUGUAGUUAAUAGGUUAGGCAAGCCUGGCAGAGACAAACCAAUAUUGAAAACAACAGUAACUGUAAAGUUUACAAUAGCGCCAUCUACUGUCCAAACCUGUGUUUUCACUUAUUAUAUGUAAGAAGUAUUGUUACUUCUGAACAACUAGACGCAGGGAUAGGCAACCUUCGGCACUCCAGAUGUUGUGGACUACAUCCCCCAUAAUGCUCUGACAUCCAUAAUGCUGGCAACGCAUCAUGGGAGGUGUAGUCCAAAACAUCUGGAGUGCCAAAGGUUGCCUAUGCCUGAACUAGAGCAUAGGUCCUCAAACUCCGGCCCCCCAGAUGUUGCUGAACUACAACUCCCAUGAUUCUUUGAAUUAUAUAGAUAGCCAGAGAAUCAUGGGAGUUGUAGUUCAGCAACAUCUGGGGGGGGGCGGAGUUUGAGGACCCAUGAACUAGAGUAUAUACUAUGGCAACAUUCUGUAACCUAUUUUCAAUGGUGCAAAAUUUAACUGCAGUCAUUGUGUGCGUGUGUAAACAGAAUGAGAUCAAAUGGUUAACAAAAGGAGGAGGUUGCGAAAAAUUUGACAACCCAGCAGUUUUCUUUGGUGUUUAAUUACUUACUUGGGAAUUGUGGAUAAAUGACAAUGUGUUAUGUUUUGCGAUCGGCUGUGUUUCCAGCUACUUCGGCCUAAAAAUGAUGCUUCUCUCCAAUCUUCUUUGUAGCUACACAUAUCUGAAAUUUACUAUGCUAGAUACACAAAGCAACACGCUCUUGUUUCCUAAAACAUAGCGAAAAUAAAUUACAAAAUGAACUUGAAAUGUUGUGUGAAUAUUUUUUAAUUAGAAAAACUUUCAAAAGGAUGAUUAUUCUAUACCAUUCGCUUCUUUAUAAAAAGACAUGUGACUUUUUACAAAUAGAGUUUUUUUUUUUCCCCAUUGAAGCUAGCAGUGGGAGGCAAUCAAAUCAUUGGUUCUUUGUAGUUGUACCCCAAUAAUAGAUUAAAGCAUCUAGACUUUGGUAGGAGAAUCAAGAGGAGGGCUAAAAAAACCUUUUCCAUAUUCGUGGUUGGAAGAAAAUAACUCUCAUUAUUGAAAAUUCUGUAAUAUAAUAAUAUAUAAUUAAUAAGCUGUUCUUUUUUUUUUUAUAUAUAGUGGCUUCAGCAAAUAGAGGUGACUGAAUCCGCUCUACAACAAAAGAUGAUUGACAUUGAGAAUGAGAAAGUAAGAUCAAAAAAGCAGACGAUAAAAAAUUAGAGACCAUUGAAUGUGGCAUGAAAAAUAAUGAUAUUGCAUCUUUUUAUUUUAAUAGGACCUGUUCACGAGGCAGAAAGGAUAUUUAGAUGAUGAGUUAGAUUUCCGGAAAAAAUCUUUAGAUCAGGCUCACAAGGUAACACACUUUUUGAUAAUGUUUUCUUUCAAUGUUUCAGUAAAAAGGAAAAAAAUCCUUAAUGAGUUUUCGUACAUUAUUUAGAUUUUUGCAUUACUGGAGACAUUUUUGUCUGUGCAUUACAUAGUCCACUAGCUAAUUAACCUCUCCUAUAUUUUUUUUUUUUUUUUUAACUUUUCAUGUUAAAGUGUUUAAAGGGGGACAGUUACUGUCAGACAAGGUGUUAGGGACCAGGAACCAGACAGAGACAGAACUUAGAUGCAAAACACCUUUAUUAUAAAUAGCAAAUAAAGAAAUAACCAAAAGCAAAGUCCAGUAGGCAAGCAGGGAUCAGGCACCAGAUCGGCUAGUCAGACGAGCCAGGAUCAGGAGAACGGAGAGCAGCGGAGUCAGAAACCAGGCCAGAGUCAGGAACCAGGAACACAGAGGAAACCGGAAACCACGCAAGGGCAAGGAGGUACUGGGACUUGCUGCUUGAAUAGGCUGCACUGAUUAGCAUAAGGGCUGGCUACUAAUAAUCAGGUGAGUAACCGUGGCAACAUUAAUGAAGGAGCUGAUCGGUAAAAUCAGCUGAAAGCUCAGAUACAGAGAAAGGAAGGGUUGCAAAGAAACCCUGGCACAAUAAACAGGGGAAAUAAAAAUGUAUCCUCUUCUUUGUGUAUUUUCUCUAUGCUAAUUGCCUGGCGCAAAGUACAGUACUUGUAACAAAGACUGGCAAGUAGCUAAGAUGGAAGCACACCAUUGUAGGAAACAUAAACCAAAAUUGUUAAAUCUUAUAAUUUGCUUAGCUAACUAAGGAUGUAAAUGUUAUAUUUACUGUCUUUUAUUGGCAGUGAAGACAUCAAUGCUUUCAUUCUUUAAAAUAUGGAUUAUCUUCCUUGAGCAUAGUCUACCAUAUUAAUGAAGCACUUGAGAGUUGCUGGGGUUUAAACAACAAACCAGGAUUUGUGGAGAAAUCUAUAGGAAAUUGCAAAUGUAGGCAUAAAAAUAGCAAAAACAAAGCAGAAAUUAAAGUUUUUUGCAGAUCGUGUAUUUUGGCUAAAAAUACCCAACUACUGCUUAAAGGGACACUAUAUGCACCGAGACCACUUCAGCUCAUUGAAGUGGUCUGGGUGCAGUCGUAAUUAUUGCAGUUUCUGAGAAACUGCAAUAAUAACUUCUCAGGGUUUACUCCACCUUUACCAGACAGCCCCUAGAGGAACUACUGGGUGCUUAGACGACUUUUGGUUGUCUAAAUGACGCUGAACAUCCUUACACUAUGCAUGAGGACUUCCAGCGUCACCGAAAUCCCAACAGGAAAACAAUGAUGAAUGCUUUCCUAUGGGGGAAAUUUUAAUGCUUGCACGGCCAUUGCCGCGCACGCGCAUUAGGUCUCUGCUGACUGCGGGGGAGAAGCAUGGGCGGAGCAUGACCCAGCACCGAGGGACAUAGACUCUGGAUUCAGGUAAGUGACUGAAGGAGUUUUAACCCCUUCAGCACCGCGAGAGGGGGAGGGGGGCGUGAGGGAGAGGACACCAUAGAAAUGUAUAGUGCCAGGAAAACGGCUUUGUUUUCCUGGCACUAUAGUAUCCCUUUAAGUGAAUUACCCUGCUGAGAAAAAUAGCUGUCUUAGAAUCUGUCAAUAUUUAGUCUAAAGUUGACUAUUUCCCCGUCUAUUCUUCAGAAUUGCCGGUUUAUUGGGGAAGCCCAUUGUGUCUUUUAUUCUGACUAGGUACCUGGUAUUCUGUUUAUAUGUUUACACCUCUUAUUUGCACUGUACAUUGUUAUUCUUUCAUUGUACAGUUCACUUUUAUUUCCCUCUUUCCUAUGUAACGGCAUUAGCUUUGCAUAUCAGAGAACCAAACAUUGCACCAUGCAAUGAAAAUUGAUUAAGGUCAUAAUUUAAUUUAAGCUGAUCAUGGAAUCAGCGAUCCACAUGUAAGAUAUAUUAAGCAAACCUCAUUUAAAUUUUAUGUGUUCUUGACAUUCAUGUGUUGAAUUAAAUAUUAAAUCAGAUGCAGAAAACUAACAUAGCUUUACUUUUAUGAAGCAUAUAUUGGAACUGGAGGCUAUGUUAUAUGACGCCUUGCAACAGGAGGCUGGGGCUAAGAUGUCUCAGAUCCUUUCAGAAGAUGAAAGGGAAAAGUUGAAGUGUGCAGUGGACCAGUGGAAACGACAGGUGAUGAGCGAGCUUCGAGAAAGAGAUGCUCAGAUAUUGCGUGAGAGAAUGGAAAUCAUUCAACAUGCUCAACAGGUAAAUGACAACUGUACGGAAUUGUUUCAACCCUGAACAUUCCAAAAGACUAUAUGAUAGGAUUUCGAUUUUCAUUUAUCUGUGUCUAAUGAUCCAAAUUCCAGGAAACAUGGCCAUGAAGUUAUUAAUUGAAAAUGGACUAUUACCAUCGCAUUUAAAAAAAUCUUCCAAGUUCUAAAGAUACCUGCACUAAGACAGCUAUGCAAUUCAGGUGACAAUUCAGGUGACAAACUAUUUGUAUUGUUUAAAGGACACCAGCGUUCGGAAUGCAAACAUGUAUUCCUAAUGCUAUCAUGUUGCAAUGACAGUUUAGACUCCUGGGCCCACCCUAAAUUUAAAAAAUAAGACUUUUUACUUGACUUUUAGCCCACAGCAUGCACACUCUCGAUGUGAUAGCCCUGUCUCAUUGGCUGAGUUUAUCAAUCCAUAGGGGAGCAUUGGAAGCUUAUUGCGCAUGCUUGGGAAAUCACUGGUCUGUGCAAUCAGCAUCUUCUCUUAGCGAUGUCUUGUAUCAAUGCAUGCUUUUAAUGGUCAAAGCAAACUGGAGGAUUAGAAAGGUUUCCCUCUGACAACAAUCGUCUAUAUCUGAUAAUAGUAACUAUGAAUGAGCCUCUACCAAGUAACCAUAAUGAUGUAACAAUGGUGUCUCAUCAGGAAGACCAUUUGUUGUGACCUAAUACUUUAUUUUUUUAUGUGCUUCUAUGUUUUUGUUACACUGUAUUUUACACUCACAAUAAUGUUCUGUAUCUCCUGUAUCACCACCAAUGAAGCCUAUCAAAUUGGAAAGGGGGCAAAGUUUUAAAAACCCACAACAAAUGUUAAUUCCAAAAUUUAUUUCCAAAGCUCAUAUGUUUCUGUACGGUUUCAUAUCUGACUGUGGUCUGAGUUUAAAAUGUACUCGCUAACAGCUACUCUUGGUUGCCAGUUCAUUUAAAUGUAAAGGUUCAGCCCAUUGCCAGCACAAAAUUCCAUAGGUAUACAUUAUUAUAGGCAAACUUGAAAUGUGGAAAUUCCGCAAGACCAUUUAGUUUGCUUUUGUAUUGAGAUUAUUCUUUCUAUAGCACUUUGUCCCAGAUUUGCUCUUUGUACCUGUAGUCCAUGGGUAGUCAACCUGAUCCCUACCACCGUAAAAAAAAAAAAAACCACUACUGAGCGGUUUGGGUUUUUAGGUGGGUGGUGGUGGGUUCUACAGAAAAUGCCCGGUGGGCCUCGGUGUCCAUAGACCAUAGAUAAUUUCAUCUCCCCUGCCAGCCCCUGCAGAGCCAGCCUUGCUGUAAUCCCUCUCGGGCUGUUGAGGAGAUCAAAGAUCUCCCUCAACGGCCCGCUGGCACUUAGUUCCAGCAGUGGGUGGGAAGGGCCUCCUACGAGCAGGCUGGUCAGAGCAUUUCUGCGAAUUACCAUGGCAACGCUCCAAUACAGAGCUGUGCUCGCCACCACUGGAUAACCACGGCUUGCAGCAUUAUGUCACCCCUCCCUGGUUGAAGGUAAGAAGAAAGCAAGGGGAUCUGUCUUCACAGCUACACACAGCACAUACACUACACCCUUUACACACACACACACACUGCCCCCCUCACACACACACAUUGCCCCCUCACACAGCUUACACUCUCACACACACAGAGACUGCCCCCCUCACACAUACACCGCCCCCUCACACACACACUGUAUCCCCCCUUACACACACUGUAUCCCCCCUUACACACACAGCACCCUACACACACACGCAGCACCCUACCCACACACACACACACACGUUACCAUCAACAAAGAUGGGUGGUAGGUAUUAAAAGGUUGACUACCCCUGGUCAGUCGGUUCUUUUGCCUCUGUGGGGAACUUGGGAACAAUCCAUUUACUUGCAUUGCCCUAAAUGAACCUAUUAAUGCUGACCAUUAUUGUCAUCCUACUAAUAUUGAAACUUCCUGGUAUUUUCCAAAUACUUUCAUUGAUGAAAAAAUGCAGGAGGGUAUGACAAAGAUAAAUAGAGACCAUAUUACAUUGUGGUUCAACAUAGUACACUAGGGAUAGUCUCUGCUUCCCUCAUCAAGUAACCUCCACCUAUAACCUCUCUUUUCAUACUCAUGCUGUAAGAUUGAUUAACAUGCCCUGCAUUUGACGAGAGAGUAAAGGCACUCUUUUUCAGUUAUUCUUUUUUCUUUUUUUACAGAGGGUAAAAGAGUUAGAAGAAAAAAUUGAAUUUCAGAAGAGGCAGAUUAAAGAGUUAGAAGAGAAGGUAAGACUUAUUUUGUAUGGAUACUAUGUAAAUGAACAAUUCUAUGUAAAUAAGUCACCUGCUGUCACUCUGCCAGUCGAGAUCACAAACUGUCUAAAUGAAAAAUUAUUUAUUGAGACCGGGUACUGAGAUCAACACAGGUCCUAUUAAUCUGGUGACACUUCAGCUCGUGAUAGUCUCUAAAUCAGUCUUCCCCAAACUCGGGCCCUCCAGAUGUUGCUGAACUACAACUCCCAUGAUUCUCACCCUAUCUAUUUCAUUGAUAGAAUCAUGGGAGUUGUAGUUCAGCAACAUCUGGAGGGCCGGAGUUUGGGGAAGCCUGCUCUAAAUAUUAAACACAAAUUUAAUAAUUUGUUUCUAUGAUACCCAAGGUGGAGGUUCUAGAUUUAUGGAAAUCCUGGCUAAAGAUGUACACUGGGUCCCUUCUAGAAUUCAACUGAUAACAAUCUGCUUCUGACUUUACUGAUCUGUGGGUCCCUAUCAGGAAAAGGACAGCUGUGCAAGAUUUGCACAGAGAUCACAGAGAUAGUGUUACAUUACUAUAAUGUUUAAACAAACAUGCUGUUCAUAUAAUUACAGUACAAUUUGGCAAUUAUUAAUUAUAUACAAAUGUACCAAUACAGUGUUUACCGGAUUUUUUUGUUGUUGUAGGCACCCAGACCAGUACAUCUAAAUGUUGUAUUCCCGACAGUCACCAGAGGUGCUUCCUCCCCAAUAGGCCAUAACUCACAUCUGUGCUGGUGCAUUGAUAAUAUGUAAAAUGCGCAUCUGCAUGAUCAUGUGCAAAUCUAUCCACCCUUGGAAACCAAUGAUAGUCUGAGGACACUGGCACCCAUUGAGUCACAGCAAUGAUUUUCUAGAUACAUUGCUUUAUAUAAGUGACAAUGAAUGUUGGAUUUUAAAAUCUGUUUUCAGAUGAUGUUUAUAUAUAUAUAUAUAAUAUAGUAAAAUUAUGGUUAAACAUGUUAUUAAAUGUUGUUACAUUUGAAGACCUGUUUCAAAAUAUCUAACAUACUUUUUUUUUUCUCUUUUAGUUUUUAUUUUUGUUUUUAUUUUUCUCUUUAGCUUUUAUACUUUGGUCAUAGACCAUCUGCACAAUAUAGAAGGUAAGUUUUAGUGUGUAUCAUUACGUCAGUCCUACAGAGGCAAUGUGAUAACGUCUUACCAAGGAGGGAAAAAAAGUGUUCGUAUAUUGUCACAGAUGGAAUUUAAUGACAGAUAAGAAUCAGCCAUGUGUAUAAUUUAAUUCAAAAACUUAAGAUACCCAUCAAUUUUUUCAUAAACUGUGAAUGUCAAGUGUGGCAUACAUUACCAGUCUCUUGCUGUCUCCGGGUUUGAAUGUUCCACCAUGCAAAUGUGUCUGGUUGCUUGGUAACCAUAAAUAAAUAAACCAAUCCUGUGAAUCUCAAUGUGUGAACUAGACCUCUAAGCCCAAAAAUGUAGCUUUAAGACCACUAAUCUCUCUUUUAAAAGCAGCAACAUGUAUUCAAAUUCUAUGUUUAAAUGCCAAGCCUCAGUCACAAGCCAGUAACCAUCCUCAAGCUGAUGAGUUGCAUUAACAAUGAACAGCUGUCCAUGAGUGGUUCACUGGCGUUGCUCCUCUUCCUGAGUUGUGUUUUAAAGCUGUUGUAUACAGCAGACAGAAACUCCUAGGAAUGUUUAACAAUGUAUUUACUAUUUAAUUAUGUCUACUGCAUUAAUGUUUCAGUUCAAUCAAAUGUUAAAAUAUGGCAAAAGGAAGAGUAUUACUGUAUUUAUGCUUGGAGUACCUUUCCAUCUUCCUCUCUUAAGCGAACGGCAAAUGAAACUUCCAGGGACUGCAUCAGCUUUGUACUCUGAUCCAUAGUUGUCUGCUUUCUCGUCAACCAUUAUUACCCAUUCUAAGUCUUGGCUGAUGAGAAAAGGCUUUUUAUUGCAUAGUACACAAUCCAUGAGUCAUUCGUAACGUAAAAAACCAAUGAGCCCUGGUGCUAGUAUUACACAACCCUCCCCCCACCCCCAUGUGUCUCAUCCCCUUCCCCCUACCCUCCCCCCCCGCCCCCCCCCACAAGCUCCCCCAUGAGUCUAAUUCCAAUGAAUGUAUAUAACUAGUUUGGGGUAUGUGGUUGGAUGGAUGAAUCUGAAUUUGUUUGGGAUAUGUGAUUGGAUGGAUGAAUUUGACUAGUUUGGGGUAUGUGAUUGGAUGGAUGAAUUUGACUAGUUUGGGCAAUGCCUCUAUGGUAAUUAUGACUAGGUGGGUGACUGCAUGGCAAUAAGUGCAAUGUGGGUGGCGGUAGGUGACAUAUUUUGUGUCUGAGUGUAUAAAUGGGACAGGGUGAGUGGGUAUCACUGGAAGGAGAGAUGGAACUAUCUGACUGGAUGUAUAUGAAAUAUGAUCAGUUCAAACUAUGUGCCUGGUUGGAUGGCUAAAUGACAAUAUGUACAUAGUAGCAUAUUUGUGUAGAGUGUCAGUGAGUGCAUGUGAAUAACAAUUUUGUAGAAUGCGAUUGGUGUGUUUCUAUAGAGUGCCACUGUGUGCAUACAGGAGCGUACUUGUGUGAAGUUUUAGUAUGCAUGUAUGGGUAUUUAGUGUACAUUUAGUGUGCACUGUGUUUCCAAUUUCCAUCUGCCCCUUUUUAUCUCUUUUCAGACCACACUAUUCAAUUAUCUCCCCCUCACAUGUUCCUUUCCCCUUUCCUUAAUUAUACCUUCUACCCAUAAUCCUUACCUUCUCAAAUUGUUUCCCUUUCUUUUUCGCCUUUCCUCACUCUUCAUUUACCCCUUUCCUUACUUGUUCCCUUCUUAAUUCUCUACUUUCCUUAUUUGCCCCCCUAUUCUUUCUACCAAUUCCUCACUUGUUCCCCUGCCCUAACUUGUUCUCAUCUUUAUCUUUUAAAACUUAUGGUCCACUCUUCUGUCCCCCUCCUCAUUGCAUAUCUUUGCUACCCAACAGACAGCCGAGAGCACAGGGUUAUGAUGUUAACAGCAACUCCAUGCGCUCUUCGGCACUUCCUUUAGGGGGAAGAGGACCUGCCGCCAUGUGUGCCGGGCAAAAAGGGGAAAGAGCAAUCCUCCUCCUUACCUGAGCACUCCUGCUGUACCACAGAUGAUACAGGAUUAG